CUGCCUCGUGGUCGCUGCUCUCUGCUUCCCUCUGUGGCUCUGGUGGGCCUUGGUCUGAUCUUUGCUCUCCGCCGCAAGCCAGGGGAUGUUUCCCUCGCCUGGAUACGUGGGGUUGUGGUUGUUGCUGCUGCCUCUCCUCCUUCAUGCACAUGGGACACAAACUCUGUCAGUAAUCACGUCGGCUGCGUAUUUAUAAGGACUUUGGAGGAGUGCUUCAGUUGUUGUUGUCCUCAUAUUUAUAUCCCACCUUUCCUCCCAGUGCGGCUUGCAUUAAAAGCAUCACACAAUAAAACGCAAUUUCGGUAACAAAGCAUAGCACACAACUUUGCUAUCAUUUUGUUUCCUCCAGAUACUAUACCACAACGUGUAGAAUGACCCAAGACCUUGCACUUGUUGCAUUUCAUAGCUAGUGUUGUAAAGGUACACUUAUGAACAUUUAACAUAUAUCUAAGACCUAAAAAUUCCUAUCACACUAGAAAGCUUCAAAGGGUAUCUUGUGCAUCGCUAUUUAUUCAACAAAAAAUGGAGCUGCUUUUACCACGAUGAAGUGGACUGUGGCCUUGAAACCAUAAUGAAUUUGUUUCAGUGCAAUCCUAUAUUCUGAGUCUACAGUACUCAGAAGUAAGCCCCAGUAAGAUUACUUUACUUUGCCUGUAUACAGGAUGCACUCCAAAGUCCACAGUUGGGCAUCUUUCUUAGGACCAGCCUAAUAUAAAAAUUGAUAAAAUAUAUGCGCUUAAGAUUGCAGCCUUAAUAUUUGAGAUGCCACUGUAAGACUGGAUGCAAUAAAUCCUUGCUCUAUGUGGUGGGGUGCUGAGCCUUCUGAUAAAAACAUUUCAAUAUAUUUUACUGCUUUUUAUCAUUCUGGUUUAUUUUGUACAUUUUAAUGCUAAGGGCAUUCCUUGAUUUGUUACUACAGUACUCUUUUUAUAUCACCUGUUUGAAAGGUGGCUUAUCAUAAAUCUAUAAAAUAAAACAUUUCCGUUUAAAGCUCGUAUUUGAUUGAUGAAUGCAGCAGGAGCAUCUUUGUGGGGGAGGGAGAAUAACUGCUCCCUCCCCAAAUCUCCGGGUUGUAGUAAGAGAUACGAAGCUCUUGGGGCCUCCUGUCUCCAUGGCAACCAAGCCCGGCUGGUAGUGAUUGCAACCGGCGGGAGCGUGGCUGCCUCGCCUUCGCUCACAUCCGGGUAUUUUCGACAGCCGCUGACCCUCCCUCCACCUCCCGCGGGCGUGAAAGAGGGUGCUUUCCGGACCUACUCUAAGCAGUGGAACAAGUCUUACGCCCCCGAGCUAUUAAUUUAACAAAAAAUUUUUUUGUUCUUAGUGCCUUAUUAUAUUUAGCGUGGAAAUAAGGCGGCCGCGGUGGCUGCUGGGAGAAGCCGGGCUCUCCUCCAAUCAGAGCGCGCGGCGCGGAGCAGAACAGCGUUGACGUGACGGGCUCGCGGCGGACCGAGGAAGCGGAGCGAGAACGGUAAGAUGCCUUUUGGCUGGGGGAUGGAGGGGAGCGGACGCAGCUGAGGGGAGCUUUAAACCUUAGCCUCCCUCACGCGUGUCUCCGCCCGGCACGCGUUUACAGCCCCUUCUUUCCUUCCUCAGCCGUAGGCCCUAGUACCCGGAUGUGCCGCCUUCCACCCUUCCCGCCCCGCUUUAAGGUGCCGAACACCAUUAAAACCAGGGCAGAAGGGGCCGCUUGACCCAGCCUCCUGCUUCCAAACAGCGGCCGCUCACUAGAUAGCGGGGGGGGGGGGUUGAGGGUUUCCCCUUCCUGCUUAUCCCCAACACCAUGGAGAAACUGCGGAGCCAGACUGCCUCUGCACGUGGAGGCUCUAUUUUGAAAACAUUGGCUAAUAGCAGCAGAUGACCCUCUUCUUCCUGAUCUGUGGAUUUGUCACCCAAACCACUUAGGUUGCAGAGCUACACACCUUUAACUAGAAGUACGGCCCACUGAGCUUACUUCUGAGUAGACAUGCAAAGGACUGUGCAGCCACCGGUAACCGUCGCCUUGGAUUUUUCUAAACCUCUCCUAAAGCUGCCAGUUCUGCCCGUAAAAGGUCCCGUGUUUAAUCAAUGGUUCUUCCAGAUAAAGUAGAUGAUGGAAGAGGCCUCGCCUGAGACCUGGAUGAGCCACUACCAGCACUAAGCUAGAUAAGCCCAAUGGUCUUGAGUCUGUAUGAGUGAGAUUUUGUAUGUUCACAUGGCUAUAGUUAGAUACAACAAAUUCUUUAAAGCAGAAGUGUGCUUUGUCUUGUCUUUCCUAAAUCUACGGUGGAUCAGUUGGUGACCCCCAAGUUCUAAUAUUAAGAGAAUGCAAUAUAUUUAUUUUCUAUCCAUCCAUAUCACAUCACUCAUAGCGUUAUCAACCUCUAGCAUAUUCUUCCAGAACACUUAAACAAAAUAAUAGAGGGGUUGUUCGCUUUCUUGAGGAAAGGUUUUUCUUUUUCUGCAUCUGUCCAACUCUACUAUAGCCUUCUUCAGGUGUGUUAAUAAAGUUAAUGUUAAUUAAGUGUGGUGGGGAGGAGCUCCAGGGACAGUCCUGUUAGCACUGCUUCCCACCACAAUUGUGAUUGCACUCUGCACAAUUGGGAGAAUGACAGCAGGCAGAGCUAGCAAACUUGUCUAUAAGGGGCCCCCAUAUUUUUGGUUAGCAUAUGUAAAAACAUGUGUCAUUGAGCUAGCAGUCUAGAAUCCAUAAGGACAGGAAACAGGGAUAUGAACUUACAGUCUUACCUCUUUAUACGAACAUCUAGACUUGCACUCUCAGAAACAAGGAUAUGAACAUAUAUGAGGAUGAGACUGAGAGGGAAUGUGUUGCCUACAGCUGCUCAAUGAAUCUAGAAGACUUUACAACUCAAGUCUCUUAUCUAUUUUGUUACACUGCUAUUUAUCAUAAUAAAUUUGUUAGUCAUUGAACUGCCAUAAGACUCUGCUUUGUUUUAGCUCUCUGAGAUAAUACAAUUUAGAUCCUUGCCUCACUUUAGCAGGCUUCUGGUUGUUGUUGCUGGGUAGUGUCAAAGCUCUGUGUACAAUGGAGGAAUAAAGCCCAUUGAGCAUACUGGGACUUUCUUCUGAGCAAGUCUGCAGAAAGUGGUGGAAACUCAAAGGUGAGGGGGCAGUUGAAUGCCACACAGGAAAAUCUCCACAGCUGGGGUGCAGCCAUAGAAAAGGCCCUCUUGCAUGUGCCAACAAACAUAUCAUCACCCUGUGUCAUGAUAUAGAGAAGGACCUCUCCAUCUUGUGUAUGGGAGAAGGAAUUCCUUUAGGUUCCCUGAACUCCAAACCAUUUGGGGUUUAUAAAGGUAAUCUCCAGAACUUUAAUUGCACCUGGAAAUGUAUUGCUAACUAGAGCAGUUGUCCUUAAGUGACCACAAUAUUUUCCCACAUUCAUGAGCAUCCCAAGCCACACUGUGGACCAGUUAAAGCUUCCAGAGGUUCUCUUCGUAGGUAGCCUCAUGUAGUACAUUGCAGUAGUACAGUCUUUAUGUAACCAAGACGCGUUACUGUGGCUAGAUACAGAAAUGAACAUAGUUGGUGCACCAGCCUAAAGUGGGCAAACGUCCUCUGGCCACAGCUACUUCCUUGGUAUUCAGAAGGUGGUUGAGCCCAGGAGAAGUCCCAAACUAUGCACCUUUAUUUUUCAAGAUGUCUGCUACUUUCUUUAGAAAAGGCUAACACUGCACAUCCUGCUUUUCAGCAGGAUUAUGUAAAGCUGCAUUAACUCUUCAUUACUAACUAGUUAACAUAGCAUGAAAACAUCACAGAAACUACCUUGCCAAAAUGAUUAGUCCUGUUCCUUUCUUGUGACGAAUCUCACAAAGGGCCUUGACACAGAAGUGAUGUUGCAGCUAUGAAAUCUUGCUCUAGUUAGUGGGCAUAAAAAAUUAUUUUGCAGUGUUGUGCUGGAGCACCCCAGAGGCAUGCCUCUCUCUCUCUCUCUGUGUGUGUGUGUGUGUGUGAGUGAGAGAGAGAGAGAGAGAGACAUGUAGUGUUGAAUCUUGCACUAUUAAUUGGAAUGCUUUUAGCACUGUUUUUAGAGCUGGAUGUGUCUGAACUCUCUUGGACUUAGGAGGAGGAAUUUUAAAUACACUACUAAAAGCAGACUAUAGGAUUGGUGUGAACUCAGUUAUCGUAAUAUGGGAAGUUCUUGAUGUUCAGCAACAGAGUUAUUAACUGGAAAUUGUGUACAAAGCAAUGUGACUUGUUUUGUCCCUGUCUGCAGAGUGGGCUGUGCAUUGAAAUAGCACAAUGUCAUUUUCUUUACUACACAAGAUUGUUUUACAUUGCAAAUGUGCAUUAUCCAUUGGUGGUGUAUGUGUUUAUCAAGUGAACCUGCAUUGCAGGGCUAGAGCUAUCGUAAUUGAAUGGAGUCUCUGUAUGAAUCCUAAAUUGUCUGGGCUUUGUGAAAUGUUUCUUAGGACUUCUCCUGAAUCUCUCAUUAUACAUUCUCUUUUCCUUCUCAGUCAUUUUAGAGUGGUUAAUCCUGAAGACAGCCUAUCAGCAUGCAUCUUCUCUAAUUUUGUGCUCCAGUUUUAUUUUCUUCAAGAUGGAGCUUACCUUUUAAUAUGCAAUCCACCAGGAAUGCCUCCUCCUCAACAUUGUUUAAAUGAGUGGGACUUGGGGAAUGGCACACAAAUAUAUUGUCUUGUCUCUUGCUUGGGUCCGCAACACCUUUUGGUAUGGCUGUGGCAUGAACACUGAACAGGUAACAUUCAGGUACAAUUUCCACCUCACACUUUUACUCUACCUCUGCAGGCAGAGUAACAGGAUACUAUCUGGCAUGUAUGUGAGUUGUGUUGCCUUUAGUUCUUAGUGGAUGCAAAGGAAAGAAACUCUGUUUCCCUGCCUAGCGACCAAAAAUCCUUUUUGUAUUUGCUUGAGUAAUGAUUCCCCAACAUAGUGAUUGUCAGUUGCUUUAUUAAAAAAGGGUGGUGGAGGAGAGAGAGACUGUGUAAGCCUCUUCCAGGAUAAGGAAUCAAGCUGAAGAAGGAUCAGCUGGUGGCAACAACCUUGAUUUGAAGUGGAUGAGAAUCAGGGAGAAGGAAUAGAAAAGGGUCUAAAAAAUGGUUUAGAGCAUUAGAGACUAACCUUUUGGUCCAGUGUACUGCAACUUAUCAGAGGUAUGAGAGAGGCCAACUGGAGUAUCAAGUGAAGCCCCGUCUGCAAUGCAGGUAUAGUUGUAGGCUGCAUAGCUGAGAAGCAGACAGCAGUGUUGGAGAAGCAAGCCCAGGCCUCAUUCUCUGCCUUAGCCAGCCCUGGGGGACCUCCUACUCUACUGCAGUCAAGCCAGAAACUUCUACUUUCAAUCUGUCACUGAAAAAAUAUGCUGUAGCAGCAGUGGGAAACCCCAGACUGCUACCUUCCAGACUUCCUUUGGGAUUCUGCCCAGGCCACACCUCUCAACAGCUUAAGUGUUUUUGCCGGAGUGGAAUGUGUCAUUGAACUCGGAUAAUGCCUCUUGCUUACUUGUGUGGAGGAUACAGAGUGGGGUGUUAGUGUGUGUGCAGAAACUAGUGUACUGUACAAAGGUUUACCGUAUUUUUUGCUCCAUAGGGCGCACCAGACCAUAGGGUGCACCUAGUUUUUAGGGUGGGGGGAAUCAAGAAAAAAAAAUCCUAUUCCCCCCCCCAAGCCCCAAAGAGCACCGUACAGGCUGCGCAACCUCUCCCUUCCGGAGGGGUUGUGCGGGGCUAUGGCACAAGCCAAGGCAGCCAGCGGGAUGGAUCCCGCUCGCUGUUUUGGCUUCCUCUUUAGCCCCACGUAACCUCUCCCUGCUGGGAGAGGCUGCGCAGGGCUAAAGAAGCCAUAGCCGCGUGCAGCCUCUCCCUGCCGGAGGGGCUGUGCGCGGCUAUCCCUGAAGCCUGGAGAACGAGAGCCUGGAGAGCCUGCAUUCGCUCCAUAGGACGCACACACAUUUCUCCUCAAUUUUUAGAGGGGAAAAAGUGCGUCUUAUAGAGUAAAAAAUACGGUAAUUUCUGUUCAUUGCUGUGCCUACUUUUGCUGGCCCUACUCCCCCCUGACAUAUGACCCCCAGAAGGGAAUGUGGCCCUUAGGUUGAAAAAAGUUCCUAUUCUGGAACAAGAGCCCUUUAUAAAUGGAUACAUAAUCAAUGUGAAUGAGCUGUGUGCACACACAUAUGCACACACAUUGUAUAUUGGCAAGAGUUGCAUUGACCAACUAGAGGAAAAUGAAUGGCCCAGCAUUCCAUUUAAUUGACCCAUCCAGCCAUGUGCAGUUGCUGGAAAGCUCAGCAGGGGAGAGUGGUGUUGCCCUCAGGCACUGUUUGAUUUUUCUGACCACUGUCAGAACAGGAUGUUGGCCUAAUAUGUAGGCCAUAUUAACGUUCUUAAGUUUCACCAAGUGAUAAAUUGUAGACUGGUUAUUUUUCUGUUAGAAGUUGGCUAUUUCUCUGUUCUGUUUUCCAAACAUAAUAGUUUCAUUUUAAUGGAGGUUGUUGUUUCAGAGCACAGAUAUUGGCUUAAUGCAGCAGGAACUAUUGACAGAUCUUCAAUCUUGAUUUUGAUGAGUUUUGCUCUACCUGGCUUUUGGACUACUAUUUGAUUCAGAGAACUUAGUUUACUACCUUCUGCCAGAUCCACCUCUUUGGGGUCUCAGUUGUUGCUUUUUACUCAGCCAGAUGUGAUGAUUCUGGCAUCAUUCCGCUCAUGACUGUGCUAUUGCUUUCCAUACUGAGCAACCACAUUAAGAGUCUGACUGCAGUCCCUUGAAUGCAGUAAAAUUCUAUCCAUGUAAAGGCUAUAACUUCUGUGCACCAAUGGUCUGGAAAAUAUUGAAUCCUGUCAUUUGGGAAGAAAGCCCCCUAUUUCUUGGCUGGUCCAGGGCUAAAUAGCCAUUGAACAACAAGAGCACUUAAGUAUCUCACCCCCCACCCCUGCCCCUGCUGCUGCCUUCAUUCAAAAUUCGCCAUAAUCAAACAUAGCCUUCUAUUGUUGGACCCUGCCUCCUGAAUUCACUCCCCACAGAUUGCAAAAUCCAAGGGAUAUAAGGGAGGCUUCAGCUGAGGCAGCACUUUCCCAUUUUGCUUCAAUGAAACAGGAUGUAUUUCCCCCAGUAUUUAGCAAUGUGUUUUUAAAAUUCUUUCCUAGCAUCCAUUACUGUCUGCUCGUACUUUUUUUUUUUAACCAAAGUUUUAAGGUGUAGCUUGAAUUCCAGCUUUUAUGAAUGAGACUAGUUUUAGCUGUUUUUAAGAUGAACUGAGAGCUGAAACUUUCACAUACAAAACUGCUUAACCAUUUUAACCUAGGAAAACUGAGCUUUCUAUUUGUUUUUAAAUCUACCAUUUUAAAAUCAAAUCUGACUCUCUCACUAGCUAGAUUUAUAUUGUGUGGAACUAUGUACAGUAUAUCGGAGUUUUCUUUUUACCCUUUCAAGCUUCCCUGCUAGGGUAGUGCUGAAAGCUAGGUUUCUAUAGGCUUCCUACACCUGUAGUUUAGUUCCUGACUCAUAAUUUGGAGCUGUGGAACAGAGAUGUAUAAAGAGGCUCCAGUUACGGGGAUGUUUAUUAUAUUGUUUUUAAGGCUUUUAUUAAAACCUUCACUUUUAGAAAAUGUAAAGAAUGCCAAGGCUUUGAUUCAAAUGCAGUUUUAUCUGGAGAUUUGUGGGACAAGCUUUCCUUGGUACAAAUACCAGCCUUUGUAGGUAUGCUGCUGACAUUUUGCACUAGAGGUCCCAUCAGUCUUGGCCAGCAUAACUCUGCUGGCUAGGGCUGAUGGGAGUUGUAGUCCAAAGAUCAGGACGGCAUCAGUUUGGGGAUGGCUGGUCGAGGCAAACCCAGGUUCUGAAUCACAUUUUGUAAUCCAGUGCUGUCAGCUAGCCUUACCAAUGCUUUUUGCACAGUUCAUUUUUAAAGUACUAUUUUUAAAUAAAAGUACUAUUUUAUUUUUAAAUAAACGUAACAAUACCUUUUUACAUUUCUAAUAAUUUUCAGUGAGGUUGGUUUGAGAGAUGCCUGAUCCUCACUCCAAUUUUCUCCACCUACUGCCCUUCCCACCCCACUCUGUUUGGAUAGAAGAAAGGCCAGAUGUGGGUUAAAUCUAGCAAUAUUCUCAGGAUCAUUCCAGCAUUUUUACAGGUUUGCAUGUGUGUUUUAUACUGAUUUAUGGUUGCUUCCCUGUGUGCCGUUCAAAAGCGAGAGCAGGGAAAUGCAUCAUCGGAAGCAGCCCAUGGAGUGUGCUUUGCUUUACAUACUUAUUGGCUUCAUUGUCGUCGCAGAAGUUUGCUGGUGCUCUUGGUGUCGUCUUACCGACGAUGUAGUUAAUGAAAAAGAGAAGUGAACCGGAUCAAAGUGGAGCGUGCGCUGUUCCUUCUGUCAGUACCAGACGCACUGCUGCACCUUCUGGAACCGGCAGUGGCAGCCUUAACUGGGUGGGAGGGCAACUGCUUCGGUCACUGUCUGCCAGCAGAGGCUUUUCUGUCAGCGGUGCACAGUCAUUCUCUGCCAAAGGGGAAGCAGCUUGCAAGGAGAUGCUGAGGUGACAUCCUGUACUGCAUUGCAGGGCAUGAAAUUGCCUUUUCUCUGUGACCUGGCUCUCUCCCUGGCUUCCAUGGCCACCGCCUGAGCUAUUUAUUGGAUUAUUGAAGUCUGAUGGCCAUUUACGUUAGCAAAGAGCCCAGGGCCUGGCGAUAGGGGAGGUUCACAUGGUCUCCAUUGUCUGGAGCCAGCCUGAUUAUUUGCAUUUUUUGGCAUUUGCAUGAAUUCUGGGAUUAGCUUUUCUUCUUCAGGAGCAAAGCCUUGCCGGGAUGGGUAGGCCAUAUCUUGGGAAAAGGCAUAUACGCUCUCUGCGCCUUGGGUUCCAGCGUGCACACUGCACACUUCCCUGUAGGGAACAAGCAUAUUUUAGACCCUUCUGAAGCCUGUUCUUACCUACAUAGCUCUAUCCUGGAUUCUGCUUCUUGGUCACCCUUAAAUGUCAUGGCAUGAGGGGAAGUGGCUUUAUUUGUAUCGGGGUGGGGGACCUUAGAUCUAGAAGCCUAAGGCAGCCCUCCAGGCCUCUUUCACUGGGCACUGGGGCUUUGCUCAGGCCACAUACCCCUCCCUAGGCUACAGUCCUCUGAUCCGCCCUGUUCCAUACACUCGUCAAAUGCUUUUUUUUCUUUUUCUUUUUUGCAUUCUGGAUGUGUUAUAAUGACUUUUGAUUGCCUGGAUGGAGAGAUGGAAGUGUGCAUAGAAACCUCUAACUGAACAUAGCCUACUAUGCAAAGGGUAUAAUCAUAUAUGUUCCUGUGUCUACUUUCCUGUAGGGCCCUGCCCAGCAGAGGCAUGUAACACCCAGAAAUUUGCCCGUGAGGGAAUUGCAGCCCUUAGGCUAAGAAAGAUUUCCACCCCGUCUUAUACUGAUACCUAUUAUCAGUUUGUCUGAACCACCAAGUAUUGCUUGUAUUUCUACCCUAAAAGUGAAAUGUUGCCUUAAACAGAGUGGAGGAUGGGCUGACUCAGAUGCUUUGGGAAUUCAACAAAAGGUUAGAUUGGACAGAUCAACAAACUUCACAUAGGAAGAGAAAUAAACUACCACAGGCAGAUCAAUGCAAACAGAAGUGAAAAGUAAGACUAUGGAGUGGGGUUGGCACAGUGAAAAUCAAGCUUUAUAAAUUCUGGCUUUUAAAGCACUUAACAGAUUGCAGCCUGUUUUGGCAUAACUUAUUCCUCCCUGAGAGUUCUUUGAAAUGACUCCUACGCGGGAAUACAUGUGAAAAGUGUUAAUGUCGGAUGGGAGCCCCUUGUGGGUUUUCUGGAAGAUAACUGUGAUUAGGAUAUCAGAUUCCUGCCAGCUGCUGCUGGUAAGUCUUUCCUCUGAAAUCUGCAAGGGUUUCAGCUACAACACUGAGCUGCCUUCUAUAGGAGGUCUGGAACUUCAGGAGCAGGGCCCAAAGCACAGCCCUCUACAGCAAUAUUUUCUAGAUUUAUAGCUUUUCCCUGGACCUUAAGCUUGAAAUAUAUAGAAGAAAGUGCAAAGCACCCACUUGGGAUCAAAGCUUUAAUUGAAUGAUCAGAUCCCACUCCUGUAAUUUGUUUUAAGACUAGCUCAUUUGAAAGACCACAUGGUAUUUCUAUUUAUCUGUUAGUUUUUAUCUGAGUUUGUUUCUAUUUUAUUUGUUAAACUUGCUGUACACAGCUUAGAGACAAUUGUCACUAAGCAGAAUAUAAAUUGUCAACAAACAUAUAAAUAAAUUUCAGAGACUUGAACCUGAGGAGCUUUCAAGGAAAGGGGAGUAGCACUGAUGCUUCAGGGCCUUUUGGUCAUAAUAAUACAAAUAACUUGUACAACACUUAAUUCAAAAUACUCUAACCAUGUUUAGCUGACUCAUAACAGCCCUGUAAGAUAGGCAUGUAUUAAGAUAAUAAAAAUCAUAAUCAAUAUCCCCAUAAUAUAGCUUGUCUGAGACCACUUUGUGAGCCAGUGAUCAGAGCUUAAAUUUAGAAGCAGAGACUGCUUGGCUCAUAGUUAUCUUUGUGGUCUGUGGCAGUCAGCCUGUGUCACUUUUAUGUCAAUGGCCAUGGCGUCCAUUGCUUCCAGGUCUUUCAGGUGACAUAGCUGUGCAACUAAGCCUCUGUGGUAGAGCAGUGUUGGUUCCUGGCUCUCCCUUUCUUGCUUUAGCACAGGCCUGGGGACCCAAAUGAGGCCUUUAUUUGGCCCUUUGAAAAGCCCACAAGCAGUACAGGAGGGUUCUAGUGCUCUCCUGCUGUUGUUCCCAUGCUACUCUUCUUCCAGGUCUGGAAGUAGGAUACAGCCAUCAUGACAUUGAUAGCCUUAUCAGCCAUCAUUUUUUCUAGUUCCUCUUAAAGUUACCUAAGAUGAUAAGUGAAGGCUUUAAUAAGCUUACAUGACAGUCACUAGAAUUUUUACAGUCUUUAGGGUUACCUCUUUAUGCACAAGUGAUGUGUAGGUGAUGGACUGGCACAUAUUUUGCUUUUAUCCAUAAGACUGACCAGAGCAAGCUUCAGUCUAUUAUUUUUUCUCACAGGUUAAUUGGAGGCUGACAUUGUUGUUGUCAGUAGCCUUUUCAGGUUGUCAUGAUUGUACAUUCCAUUCUUUCUGAGGUGCCUUUUCAUACCCAUUUCCCUCAGGUCAGUCCACACAGUGAGCAGCCUCCCAAAUGGAUGGGGAAGGGUUUGGGGAGCUCCUGCAGCAGGCAGAGCAGCUUGCAGCCGAAACAGAGGGCAUCGCUGAGCUUCCUCAUGUCGAACGCAACCUCCAAGAGAUCCAACAAGCAGGAGAGCGCCUGCGCUCCCGGACACUGACCCGCACUUCCCAGGAGACGGCAGAUGUCAAGGCGUAAGUUCCUGGUUUGCUUGAAGCUUUUGGUCUUGUUGGUAAGAUGCUUAUAGCAGCAGACCUAACUAGGGAGUAAACCCCAAUGAACCCCUUGGGACUGAAUUCUGAGCGAUAUGCUUAGGGUUGCACUGUAGGUCAUUCUUUUUAUAUUCUCUGUGGAAUGUGUUAUGAUGUAUUUUUAAAUUGCUUUUAUGUAAUUUUAUUGUAGGCUGUCCUAGACACCAUUUGGGGAGGAAGGGUGGGUUAUUAUCUGUACCCAUUCCAACCUGGGUUCAGCAAUGAAUCUUCCUUGAUUACCCUGGUGGAUGACCUCUAUUGAGAGGGGAGAUUGUGAACCUGUUUCUCUUAGUAAAUCCUAUUGAUAGUGAUAUCCUCCUGGACUGUCUACAAGAGAUGGGUAUCAGGGGCACUGUUUCACAGUGGGUCCAGUUGUAUCUUCAGGGGCAAAAAGUAGCACUGGAUUAUUGCUUCUCAGCCCUUUGCUUUUGAUCUACUGGUGCUACAGAGCACUAUAUUGUCUCUGAUGCCAUUUAACACUUACAUGAAGCUGUUGGGAGUGGUCAUUAGUGUUGAGAGUCUGAGGUGAGAUGCCCAUGUAGUGGAAGUUGCCCCCAGUUCCAGUCACCACACAGAGGCAGCUUAAGGUCCAAACUAGCUUACUUCUGCAGAAGAUAAAGCUUCAGUGAUGCAGUUUUGGAUGUUGAUAAAAACAUACAGCUUGUAGGCUUUGCAGAUACGGAUACAAAUACAAAGCUGCUCCAGCAAUUCAAUAGAUGGAGUGAUUUGUGUCCUUGAAGGAAAUGAAUCUCUUCCCCACGUCCAGUUCCUCAAACAAUCAGGAGUUUUUGAGCAAAGUCUCAUCAGUAUGCCAAUGAUACCCAACUCUGUUUCUUUGUAACAUCUGAACUGGGAGUGGCUGAAAAGGCCUUGAACCAGUGUCUGGAUGCAGUGGUGGGCUGGGUGAAGACUAAUAAAUUGAAUCUGAAUCAUGGGAAGAUGGAGGCUCUGUGAGUGUGUCUGGAAGUCAGUAAGUUGCCUGCCCUGGAUGGCGUUGCUACUCUCCCUGAAGGAGCAAGUGCAUAAUUUUGGGGUCCUUCUGGAUCCCGCUCUGUCACUGUGAAAGUAUUUGUCUCAUCCCCCUGCCUUUUCAUGUCUCUUAUAGAUCAGUUCUCCUUGGGUCCAGAGGUCUUGACAUCUCCCACAUCUCCCAGCGGUUGGAGAGUCUUAGUGCUGUAACAACAUUUGAGCCUCUAGAGCCUGUAAAGGACACAGAUAUACAGGUAAGGGGCUUUGUGUAAUGAAGUGUGAACAGUAUCAGAAUCAGCAGUGAACAGUAAUGGGUUACUGCCAGCUUUUGGGGGAAGCGUUUGAGCUGUACUGAUUGCAACACUUUUAAGUACUAAGAUAGUUUCCCCACAUUUUCCUAUCAAUAGGGAUAUGUUCUGUGAAGUUAAUUGUGAAUUUCCCAGAGUUCUUUUCUUACCGCCCCUCCUUCAGUGAUGACAAAUUCUACCUUCAAUAUCUACAUGUUUCAAAUAUUCAUGCUUUAAAUAUUAGGAUCGAAAGUUUUAGUAUGAGACAGUCAGGUUGGAAAAAUGAUUCUGCACAUAGGUUGCAUAAACCUCCCUGAAGUUGGUAUGAUUUCAUCAGCAUGAACUAUGUGCUGCAUUCAAGACCCAUCUUUGCAAAAAGCCACCAAUCCCAGAAGGCAGAAUUCUGUGUUUGCCUCCCUUGUUGCAUCUGUUUUCUCUUUAGGGAAAGAGCUGUAGCUCAGUGGUAGAGCUCAUGCUUUGUGCGCGUAAGGUCUCAGGUUCAGCCCCCAGAUUCCCCAGGUAAGGCUGGGGAGCGGGGAGACUCUUAUCUGAAUCUCUGGUGAGCAGCUUCAAGUGAUUGUAGAUAAUACUGAUGCACAAUCUAUUUUCAGUACAGAAUUUGGGUUUUCUUGUACUGAAUUUGAAGUGUAAGUACAAUCUGUCCUCUUUUCAACAUUAUUCCUUUCUUUACUGAAUCAGCUGCCUCUUCAUCUCCCCACCACACCACCCCAUUGUGUUGUAGUGGGUGGCACUGGCAGAUUCAUUAGGAUUCCAGACUUUCAAAUAAAGGCAGACAGAACUUCAGCUACUACAUCCUUGUAAACUUCUGUUUUCCUUUCAAUCAAGGCUUUAGCCGGAAUGGAUGUCUAUAAAAUUUGUGCUUUGAAUGGCUCAGUAGUAUUAUUUGGCCCAAGGUCUUAGCCCAUCAGCCUCCCUGCCCUCUUCUGUUAAUCAAUUGAGUGUCUUGCUGAUCUGAACUUGUUUCUUAAACCAUAUUUUUUUUACUGUUGAUUGGGGAGAGGCAUGCCAAAUUGCAUCUUGGUUAAUUAUGUGAAUUAUUUAGCAGUAAUAAACUUAGAUGGCUGAUACAAAAAGAGGGUAGUUUCGGAAAUGGCUCCCAUUAGAGUAAUUGAUGAGGAAUCUUGUAGUAGAUUCCUGUCACUUGAGAGUGGGGUGAGUUUUUUCUUGGGUGGAUGAGUCUUUGUAUUUUGGAGGGACUUCAUUUUCAUAUCCAUUUUGAAGGCAGACAGUGUAGCACUGAAGGUAGGCAUGCCUUCAUAGGUUACUCUUGAGCUCAUGAGGUGCAGCAUCCAGUGAACCACUGGAGUUCCUUUGGACCCUCCCAAUAUGGUUUUAAAAAAACAGGAGAGUCCUUAAGGGAGAACACAUGGCUUCCUUCCUGUUGCACUGCUCUGAGGAAAGGCAGGAUUCAGGCUGUGCUAGAGGAACUGAAAGUUCUGGUGUUGCUUCAGCAACAAACAACCUGAGCCCGAGCCCUUAUUACUAAAAUGAGAAUACUAAAUCCAUUUGAAGGCCCUAACCAAUCAGAUUUGUGUAGUCAUGAUUUGUGUAGAUCACGGAGGAGGAGCUGACCAAGAAUUUAGUAGGUUUUGAUCAAAAUAGGAUUUUCGUUCCAUGACUGGAGUGGGGUCCCAUCAAUCAGGAAGGCACAUCAGCUUGCUUAGUCUUGAUCUGUAACUGCUUAACCUUUCCCCUUUGUUAGGGAAUAAAUUUCCUUACAAAUAAAGUUUUAUUCUUUUGAUCUAUUUUUGUUGUUUUCUCGUCUUGUUUAAACCGCUGACCUACCCUAACAAUCUGAGCAGUAGAUAGAGGACCACUUGCAGUCAGAUGUUGUAAUUAAAUUAGGACCAGGCCUUCAGAGAAAUUCCAUACCCCUAAAUUUAUUCUUCCACCAUGACAGAAAAUGGUUGGAUGUUGGGUUUGUUGAAAGGCAUGUCACCAUAAGGUGAGGAAGAAGCCUAAUUGCCUUUUCACAUGAUAAAGAGUGAUUGACUCUUUCCACCAGUUGAAGACUUGGGAGAAAGCUGCAGCUGGUCCUACCUCCCAGUGAAUGUAAGUCACAGUGAUCUUGGGCUUACAUCCUCCUCUGUCUUCCUCUGGUUGUGGAUACAGGAGGAGGUUAGAAGCUUUAAUUUUCACUUUUGAUUAACCACAGGUGGUUGUGAUGGUUCAAACUGGAUAGACUAUGGUUAAACUUAGCUAUGGUUUGUUGAAACACAUCAACUUCAAACCGUGCUUAAUGAGAUUUUCUCAUUUCAGCAAAUCAUAGUGAAAAUUAACCACAGUUUGGGGUUUCAUAUGACAGCAGUUAAUUGAAAAUGAAAGCAGAAGCAUGUGGUUGUGCCAGAGGAAGAAGAGGGAAUGCAUAAGUCCAAGACUGGCUAUGGCUCCACCUCAUCACACUAAACCCUAGUUAUAACAUCAUAUUCUAACAUAGCCUAAGGGGUGGGUGCGUGCAAACUCAUGCCCGUUGCCUUCGCACAUUAUGCUUUAACUGUACUUUUAAAACAUCUAAGAUGCAUAUCUCAGAACUAGUGUGGGAAAAGCAGCCCAAAGUGCAGAACAAAGAGGUCCUGUUCUCAAGCAGCUGUUUUUUCUCAUGCAAUAUUUCAUUUGAUUUUGUAUUGACAUCACUGCUACAUUUCAGGUAUUAGUCUGUGCUCAGUGCAAUUCCCACUUAAUCUGCCUGGAAUUAAGGACGACACAUCCCAUAAAUGUGAAAUGCAUUUGUAAUAAUAGGCACAGUGAUGUUUACUGGGGCUCCUUUAGUGUUACGGUGAAUCCACAAUCUCUUCAGCUUUUAAAUCUUUGGCUUCAGAAUUGCCAGUAAGAUGACAGGCUUAAUGGCAUUAUGCAAAAUCUGUUAUACUGAGCUGUACGCUUUGGGUUAUUUCCCUGUGGUUAAAUCUGCAAGGAAUCCAUUCUACUUUUUAGCUGUUCAAAAAGUACCGUUUUAAAAAAUCAUAUCGAGUAUAGGUAACUUACUUUACUUAUGCAGUCACAGCUUUUCACAGGUGGGUGGGGAAGGAAGGAAGGAACCAACUCUCCAUUUAUUUGUUCCUCCUCCCCUCCCACACCUGUGCAAGAAUGUGAUUGUGAGUUUAGCUGACAUUGGGAAGGAAGCACAAGAACUCUGGAACCCUUGUGCCUCCUUCCCAAAGCUUAGCAAGUACGUAGGCUUUGAGAAUGGAAUGUGACAGGAUGGCUCUGGGGCAUUGCCCUCAUGCUGCCUUUCUGAAGCCAGGUUCGCAGCCCUUCACCUUGUGAUAGGUGCUUGUGCCUGAUAUCCUCUUGCUGGUAACAAUGGAUGCUUUGCCACUGUCCCCAACAGUCUAGUGGUUCUACGUCUGAAUGCCAGGUCAGUCCAUAACAGAACCAUGCUGAUCCACAAUUCUGUUGUGGGUGAGGAGGUUGGCUUAGUGUAUUACUGAGACCUGGGUGUGGGAGGUGGGUGGGCUAACUUUGACUCCACUCUUGUUGCCCAUGUAUUCAAGCUUGCAUCUGGUGCUGGGCCAAAGAGACUGGCUAGGGAUUCUGUAGUUGUUACCGCCCACCCUACUGCUAAUCAGCCUCCCUGACUGUGCUGGCCAAGGUUGAAUUGGGUGUGAUGUUAGAGGAAACAAGAACUGUGUUUUAGGGUGACUUCAGCAUCCAUAGUGGGGAUGCCUCAGAUCUAGCUCAGGAGUUCAUGGACUUCAUGGCAACCAUUGGGCUGUUUCAAAUGAUCAUCAGUCCAAUGCACACAGCAGGACAUACUCUUGGUUUAGUCUUUGCUCUAUGUGGGGAGGGUGGUGGUCUGGAAAUAUAGGGGUUGAGGUUUGGACUUUCAGCAAUAAUUCUCCCUUGCAAGAAUUGACAGUGCAUCCUAAAAAAUGUGGUCCACCCGAAUAUUGCUCUUUUGCUUAAAACACAGCAACAUUGUUUGCUUAGUUUGUUUAUUGACUUACUGAAUCAUUCAAGGGAUAAAUUAAAUUUUCACCUCUUGAAUGUUCAGACAGAUUCAUUCAAAGGCAGAUUUGCUCAGUUAUGGUCCAAACUGGUGUGUGUAUUAAUGCAUUAGCCAGAUCUUAUUUACCGUAUUUUUUGCACCAUAACACUCACUUUUUUCCUCCUAAAAAGUAAGGGGAAAUGUCUGUGCGUGUUAUGGAGGGAAUGCCUACGGGUGGCAUGCCUACGGAUUUUCCUCCUCUAAAAACUACGUGCGUGUUAUGGUCGAGUGCGUGUUAUAGAGCGAAAAAUACGGUAAAUGCCACUCUUAUUUGGUCCCAGGGUUAGCAGAAAUGCCAGUUGAUUGAGUUGGGGCAUCAAAGAGUGCUGCUGUAUUUACAGUAAAGAAAUAUUAAAUCAAAAGAAACUGCAGGAGUGUGUGUAAAACUACCUAUUGUGUAAAGAUAGCAUGUGCAUUUCUUUUGCAUUUGUUGCUGUGCUACUUUUGUCUCUGGCCCCACCCGCAACGGGCAUGUGCCCCACUUAAGAAGAAUACCCAGAAGGUAAUGCUGCCCUUGGGCUGAAAAAGACUCCACAGCCCUGCAUUAGAGUUACCAGUGGCCUAAUAAAAUCAGAAGAAAGUGGGCAGAUGGCAGGUGUGUCCCAUGCUGUCUCUUUGCCUCAUAUAUCUGCAAUCGUUAUUGGCUGAGCAAUGGGGUUGAGCUGAGCAAGAGUGAAAGUCUUCCUUCUUUGUGAAGACUCUGCCCACCCCAAUACUGUUGAAAUGCAGCCAGGCUUUAGUGGUCUCUGAAGUGCUGGAUUGUGCCUGGAUUCCAUGCCUGUCCGAAAUGUAGGCUCUAGUGCGCUAAUGCACUUCGUGAAUAUUUCAUUUGGUAUUCUUGGUUCAGAACACAGCCUGUUGUUUCCGAAAGCUGUUGGAGAGAUGUACUGGGUUUUGUUGUGCCGAAACCUCUGCAAAGAAUAAGAGCUUUCCAUUUGGUGGCAAUCAGAAUAUGCUGGACAGUAGUUUACUUGCUUGCUUGCAUGCUUGUGUUCUGCUCUAUGUCACCAGAAACAAAUGGAUAAAUCUUAAGGGCUGAAACCUCAUACCUUCAAUGCUGGCUGAAGAGUCUGCUCCAGAGUAUCAGCGCCAGAAGGAAUACUACAUGAGUGCCGGUUGCUUUUGUUUCUAAUUUAUAAGUUCUAAGCUGAAGAUGUUCAACAUUCUGCAGCAACAGCUCUUUAGAGUCCAUCAUAUGCUGUAAAAUAAUCAUGAGAUCACUACUUACUAGACCUCAGUGGGUUAAAGAAUGCUCUGUCAGAGCAAAUGCUAUAUCAUUUCAGAAACAGAUGAGACAUCUCUUUUCCUAAUUCCUUUUACGAAAUGUUGCAUGGCUAUAUUCAUUUUGACUAGGGUAGAAUAUGGUUUAUGAAGUUGGCAUGUUUUUGUAAUUAUUAUUUUUUUAAAAAAGGCAAAUGCCCCUGACAGUUAAGUCCAGUCGCAGACGACUCUGGGGUUGUGCCGCUUAUCUCGCUUUACAGACCGAGGGAGCCGACAUUUGUCCGCAGACAGUUUUUCUGGGCCAUGUGGCCAGCAUGACUAAGUCGCUUCUGGCGCAACAGAACACCAAAACCAGAGCAGCACACGGAAACACCGUUUACCUUCCCGCCAAAGCAGUACCUAUUUAUCUACUUGCACAUUUUGGUGUGCUUUCGAACUGCUAGGUUGGCAGGAGCUGGGACAGAGCAACGGGAGCUCACCCCGUCAUGGGGAUCUGAACCACCAACCUUCUGAUCAGCAAAGCCCAAGAGGCUCAGUGGUUUCUACCACUGCACCACCCACGUCCCUUGUAAAAUGUAGAUAAAUCUAAAUACAAGUUUGGAUAUAACAUGAAACGAUGGUUAGUUUGUAACAGAAGCAAGAGCAUCCAGUCUCCUCCUUUUGGUUAAGCUCCAAACUAUGCCACUGUGCCCAUUGUACACAUAAAUGAGUAAUUACUCCCCGUUGCCCUACUUUACUUCCCUUGAUCUGGACACUAGACUUCUGUUGAUGCAACCUAGAGUAGCAUUCACUUUUUUGCUGCUUCAUCACACUAUUGACUCAUGUUGAGCUUGAGGGUCUACUAAGACCCCUAAAUCAUUUCUACUUGUACUACUGGCAAGCUAAAUGUCCCCAUUAUAUUUGUGCAGCUGGUUCUUCCAACCUAAAUGCAGAGCAUUACAUUUGUCCCUAUUAAAAUUCAUUUUGUUAGUUUGGGCUCAGUUCUCCAAUCUGUUAAGGUCAUAGUGAAGCCCAAUUCUGUAUUAUGCAGCAUUAGCUACCCCUCCCAGUUUCAUGUCACCUGCAAAUUUGAUGUGCAUCCCCUCAAUACCUUUAUCCAAGUGGUUUAUAAAGAUGCUGAACAGCAACAGGCCCAGGACAGAACCCUGUGGCACCCCCCUUAUCACUUUUCCCCAGGAUAACGGGGAACUGUUAGUGAACACUCUUUGGGUGUGAGGCAUGAUGUUGCAACACAACCACAUGUCUUGUGCAAGCAGCAUCCCAUCUGGGCUUGCAGUUUGCCAGACACCAUAACAGCUGGGGUGGCAAAAUGUUUUUGUACUGCUCCCCUUGAAAAAAAAGAGAGGUUUUACUAAGAGUAGACCUGUUGAAAUUACUAGCCAUGGUUAAGUUAGGCCUCCUAAUUUCAGUGGAUCUAUUCUGAGUAGAAUGCAGCUGGCUACAACCCACAGCUCCAUGUUUUAUCUGCAGAUUUCCAUACUAUCUUAAUUGGAGGAGGUGGUAGGGCUGAUGAAAGUACCAGAUGCUCUCAGGGCUGUGUUUGAACCUCAAUCAGCCUUCACUAAUAGUUGACAGGGGCUGAUGAGAGUUGUAGUGCAACACAUUUGGAGGGCAGCAGAAUGGUAAAGGUUGAACUAAAUACCUAAGCAGUUUGUCUCUCUCUUUUUUUGUCUAUCUGCUGAUCUGCCUUUUUUAUUUACAGUUUAAGUGCUGCAUUUUAUAAAAUUUUAUACCUUAGGGUGACCACAGGAUAUAGGAUAAAAAAUUACUCUGCAGUACUAAAAUACUGCAUGGGCCAGGAAGGUAAAUCUGUUUUGAUAGCUGUGAUAACAAAUUGGGUUUCAUUCCUACCUUAAGAUUUCAGCUGUUGUGCUUACAGCUGAGGUUAGGCUUUUACUGGAGAGUGAGUUUCAAAGGGUGUAUCACAUAUUUACGGUAAUAUUGAAGCAUUGAUUGUUGACUUAUUUGUAGACAUUAAUACAGAACUAUUUCCUUACUUGGUGCCUUGGAACGUCCAUUAAGCUUUUGGCUUUGGGCCAGAAUAGGUUGCAGUUCUGCAGUUUAUAAUGCACGUUGGCCAUCUGUCCUUAGAGUACUAAUGUGAGUUUAAUUUUAAAAGCACAUGAAGCCUGCAGUUUCUUUUGUUUUAAUAUUUAUUAUCUUGCCAAUACUAGGAAGGAUGGCUCUUUAAUGCACAUUACUCAGGGUUGUCUUAUUUAAAAAAGCAUAGCAUAGAAAAGACAUGAACGUCAUUAUGUUUUGUGUAUUGUAUUGUACUGUCAUUUCAGUCUGGUAACAUCACAUCUUGGGAUUACCUUUAGAAGUAGCAUUGUUCAUUUGGGUGCGGUAAAUAUGUAAACAAAUAAAUGAUAUAUAUUUUUUGUAAGAAGCCUGAAUGCUUCAGCUUCUUGAGUUGGUGGUGGUUUGGGUAUUAUUGGUGAUGAUAUGAUCGGAAACAGCACUUUGAUUUCUUCUCUGAAAUAAAUAUGGAAGUAUUUUGCCUUAUAGUGGUUAAAAAAAAGUUCCCUUGCUUUCUGUGUGGAGCAUCACUCUGGAUUUUUGCAGAUGUUUUCAGCCAGCAGGUUCAGAUCAGAGUUCAUCCAUGGUGCCUAGUGACAACCCCAUAGAACGCAAUAUAGGCAAGACUUGCUGGCUCAAGUGGGAGUGAUCUUAUGUGGGUAAUGUUUAAGCUGUCCCUGAUGAGGAGGUGCUGGUGAUCUUGUGGGCAAAGUGAAAUCCAGAACAACAAUGUCUUGACCUAUCUUCCCCACUACUCUUGAGUGACGUUGGCAUAUUUUCAGUAUCAACAAUAUUGGGCUUUAUGAUUGGCAGUGGAGGCCCUGUUGGUGGUGACACCACGGUUGUGUGCUGCCUUGCCAGUACUGGGUAAUUGAAAGACAUUGUUUCUGGCAUCUUUGACUUUAUUAGUUAGUUGUGGGGCAUUUGGCUUGUUUUAAAAUGCUUGUAUUGCUUUUAUUGCCUUGUUGUCUGCUGUCCCAGGCUCUCUUGGGAGGAAGGGUGGAUGAAAAGCAAAUAAUAAAUAAUAAUAAGCAAUGAUAAUAAAAAUAAAAAAUAGGUAAUCUCUCACAAUGUGUAAGCUAGAAUGCUCUCAUUUUGUUGUAUCAAUAUGUAUAAGAUAUAGAAUACUUUGUUACAUUGGAUAGUUUAAGGCUGAUUUUGUAUGAACAUUAGAAAAUUAUAUAUAUUGCAGUCAGUAUUUACGCUAACAAAAAAGGCAUGUAAACACAUGGUUUUUCAGCUACUAAGCAGGUGUAAUUAAUAAGGUCUGCAUAUUUGAAUUGCUCUAUUGAUCGUAUUGUAUCAUAUUAUGUGCCAACAUACUUCAGCACAGCCAGAAAGAGGGCAUUACCAUAUAGCAUUUUAAUUUAUGCAGUGACAAUGACUAUUUAUAGGCUUAAAUAAUUACAAUGCCAAUUUGGGUCACUCUGCUCUACUUCUUUAGUUACUUGCUGCUGCAAGAGAUAAUAAACUAUCUGCAGGAGGGUGAAUUAAUAGGUGUCUCGGUAGACCUGAAAGGGCAAGAAUUUGAUUGCAUUCUUUAAACCCUUUUUCUAAUUAAAAACAUUUUCUAUUACAGAGGUGGGCAUUCUGUCUUAACCCUUGGGCGUAACCCUCUCCCCCUCCCUUUUAUUUGAAUUGGUGCAGGCCAUAUCUGUUGUGAAUCAUAGGUUUCUAAGCAGGUAGUUUUCACAUUUUCAUCAUGGAUGUAGUGGUUAGCAUGGAAAAAAAUAAAUGCCAACUAUUAGUCAUACAGUUUCAGGGCCAGGCUUGAGUGAUGUAUGGUUGUAUCUAAAACUAGUUUUGGCAUGACCGUUCUCCAGCUCAGGAUCAUUGUCAAUGUUAUUUCCUGGUUGUUCUGCUGCAAUUAAAGCCGGGAUCCCUGUGUUCAUGCCACGUAGCAUUUCAUAGAGACAAAAGGGUCAGAGCUGGGGUCAGGUAACAGGGAGGAGGAGAAUAUAUCCCAGGGUGCACAUGGCUUGUACCAGGCCCCAAUCCACUGAAAUGAUUUAGGUUCUGGUGCCAUGUGCCAUCGUUACACUGGAGAUCUUGAUAGUCAAGUGGUGGAACCCAGACCUGGUGGGGCACCUAGGAGGUCACAUGGAUGAUGCCUAGGUCCCCAUCCUCCUCAAUUGAAAAAGGAACAGUAGUCACUUAAGCAGUAUAUUUGUACAAGUACUUAGCACCUAAAGUGUUGCCUUUGCAUCUGAGAACAAAAGGUGGUGUUAGAUGUUGGUCUAAGCUCUGAGAGUGCUGAAACUCACUUCAGUUAAUAUCUUGGAAACUAUAGAUGUAAAAUUUCCAGAAACGUUGAAGCCAUGAGAAAAAAAACAGCUGUUUUUUCCUGGGUGGGGAAAACUAUUUUACACCAUUUACAGCGAUUUUACACCAUUUCUCAAUGUACUCACCAGGUGCAUUCACAUUCUGCUAUAGACAGACAAAUCUAUUGAUUUUGUUGUGUCUCGUUUUUUCAUUUUACAGUCUUAAGUUCCAUUCACCACCUUUCUGCAUCACUUUGUAAUUUAAAAAAAAAAAUCAUCUUGAAGUUUUGCGACAAUGUAGUACACAUUUCUCUUAAUGUACCCACCAAGGUAUGGAUUUUAACAAUUCCCCCCAAUAUGCACCUUUUUGCAUGAACAGUGUUUGAUUGGAGAAUUGUAUUGUAAGAUUCUUAGAAGGAUGCAUUUCAAAAGACAGCUGUGUUUUAGUUUAUGUAUUGUUUUGGGAAGUGUGAAUUAAACCAAAUUUAUCCUCCAGGCCUACAUUCUAUAAUGUAGGGUAUAAAUUUCAAUAAUUUGGAGCAGCCCUUUCUUGGGACCAUUUGUGGGGUGAAAUGGCCCUAAGAGAAAGAGAAAUAGCUGGAUUUAAUUGCUUUCUGCAUGGUUAGUGCAGAAGGAUUACAAUUACUGGUAGCUUGAAGCUUUAUUUCCACUGAAGUGAAUGCAUUGUUGGACUGUAUUGAAGAGAUUUUUCUCAAUCUCUAGUAGUGGAUUAAGACCAUUAAUUACCAGGCUCUUGCUAUGAGUCAGUAAAAUGGAAAGGUGGGUGCCUGUCCGUUCUGUGGGGGAGGGGUGUACACACCUACCCACACCCAUAAUGACUCCUGCUGCUUUCUUGCUGGCUCUACCUCGGAAGUAAUUUGUGGUCAGCACCAAGGCAGUUCUUUCUAACCCCAUUUGUCAGGCUCUCCUCUCUGCUUCCCUUUGUUAAUCAGGCUGCCAGUGAGAUGCGCUUGCAGCUGCCUAUAAUUAUUAGAUUUGGUAAAGCUGACUUUUAAAAGCAGAAGGGAGGUGGGGAAAGGAUCUGAAAAACAGUUACAAACUUUAACCAGUCCUCUGAAUGCAGCUGUUAAGAUUUUGUUUUAAAGCCGACAAGAUCAAAUUAGCUGUCUAAAGGUCAGUGCAGUCAUUUAAAUUCAUAUUAAAGUGGAGUAAUAUUCAUUUGUGCUGACUUGUCCUACAAUUGGAGGGUGGUGGUAUAUCCGUUCUCUUUUUCUAGGAAGAGAACUCAAGAGACAUUAUUAAAGCAGACAGUUGAUGUACCUUUUAAGGGGCUUUAACUAAGAACUGGGACCAUGUGCAAGGCGCUUUGUUGCCCAUGUGAAAGGGAUAGCAUAGCUAAACAUUGGAGGCUUGGGGAGGUUAGGUUGGUUUGGGGUUCAGUAUUUUCAACCCAGUAUAUCUAAAUGUUUGCUCAAAGCAGUGGUGGGGACCCUGUGGCUCUCUCAAUAUUGUUGGACUACAACUCCUCAUCCUUAGCCAGGAUGUCCAGUGGGCAGAGAAAAGGGGAGUUGUAAUCUAAAUAUCUGGAGGGCCACAGAUUUCCCCCCUUAAGGUGCAGGUGUUAUAAAUGGGGUCUUUUUGACAUUAUUAAAGACCCCAAGAUUAGGCUAACAGAAGCAGUUGGUGCUGCUGCUUAUAUGCUUUGGUGAUGGGCAUCUUGGGAAUUUCACAUCUCUGGGGAUUCUGUUCCUAGACAGGGUGUUGAUAAUAAAAAUUCUGUUAACUCAAAAGUGGUAUAUGUGUGUGAAUGAGAGGGAGAGGGGAGCUAAAAAAGCAUUGGCUUACCAUGGCAAAAGCCUUGUAUUCUGUUUAAACAGUCUGACUGAGAGCCAUUUUAAUGUAGCUUUCGUUUGACUUCUACAGGGCAGUGGCUUGUAAUAUGAGGGAUUUCAGUUUGGCUUGCCUCUGCUCUUGCAGUGGCCUGGUGGAAAGAUGUUGGCCAGGUCAGGGUUCUGAAUUAAAAACCCAGAGUUGUGUGUUUGCCUUUGUACAUGAUUUGCAGAAGGAUUAAUACGCAGUGCAAAACAUAAGACUUGCUGCUUGAUCGUACGCACUCCUGUAGCUGUUGCAACACAAGCAGAGACUUCUACUGCAGCAUCCUGUGCAAGGAAAGCUGAGCAGACCAGCACUAUCCUACCUUGCUUCCUUCUGGAAUCAGACGAGCACCACCUUCCCUGUUUCACUUUUUGCCGGCUCUGAGCCUCUGUGGCACAAGGAAAUUUCCCUUCCCUCAAAUAUAAGAAGCAGCAACUUCUUCAGCUGGGUGGUAGGGGUGGAUCUGCCUGCUUGCAUGGGAGAAGGAGCCAGAGCCCUUGACCCCUGCUGUGCCUCAUGUGCAACAGAGCCUGGGAUCAAGCCCUUAGUCCUCCUUGGCCCUUUCAAAGCCACCAUAGUUGCACUUUGCCAAGCCAGCCACCUUAACAUUGAGCUGAUGUUUUUAAAAUUUCUUGUUUUUCUUUGUCUGUGCAGAGGCUGAAAAGGUUUUGAAUAUUCACCGCACUUAUUUAUUUGGGAAGAAAACCCCUCCCCAUACAAACAGGCCAACAAAUUCCUCUUAGACCAAACCUUCAACAACGCAGUCCUUUGGAUAAUGGACACUUGUUACUCUUUGUUUGAUUACAUCUCAAUUAUCACUUGAUGGCAAGAGCACAAUUAAUACCCUAGGUUGUUUGUUAAAAAACUCCUAAUUAAAACCGAUUCCUGCUUUUUCCUUGUGUGUGUAUAAAAGCCAGCAUUCUGUCAGGCUGCUGAAUUGUGAGCGAGCUCUCCAUUCAGCCAGGCAAAAGACACCAUUAAUUGGUGAGUGGGAUUUUCGUGGCAGAAUCAGCACAGCCCGUCUGAGUGCCAAUCUUUACUGCCACUUAAAGGAGGAAACUCCUCACCUUCCCUCCCAGACUGCUGUGGGAAGGGUAUCACUCUCUGCUGUAUAGGACAUGUCUACACUGCAGUCCACUGCGCCACACGCUUGCAAGGCAGUGGUUUGCAGAACUGUCAUCGCCUUUAGACCUGAUCAUUAUCCCUUGUAACUUCUGCCAAAUUCAAAGGGAAAAUGCUCCAUUCUGUUUAUGCAGCAGUGGGCUAAGCUUUGCCAGCAAAGUCUGGCUUCAGGCAUCAGUGCUGGUGGCUGCUUGAGAUUUUUUGGUUUGGUUUGGUUUUUCUGCUGCCUGCUAGAUUAAGGAUUGGGACAACGCUGCAAACCAAGUGCAUAAAAAUUUCUAUCUCACAACAUUAUUUUUGUUUUAGUCUGCUUGACCAUACAUCAUUCAUUCAUUUGAAUGUACCACUCUGAUUGUAUUUACAGUUGCUUGUCCUGAGAUGUGUUGUGUUUUAUAGUAGCCGUGUUUGUACAUAAUAAUGCUAAUAUAUAAAGCAAGUUUCGUAAGCCAUAUUGUAAAUAUGUUGCAAGCUAGUGUUCAUAGCUCAAAUAUUUUCACUUUGUGGCCCCAUUUGCACAAGCAGGUAAAGAAGCAUGAUGUCUGAAUCUAGGUUGGGACACCAUAAGAAGCUCUUCGUUUUAUUAAUUAUUUAUUAUUCAUUUCAUUUCUCUACUAAUUUAUAUUUUUAAGAAAGCAGUUUACAACCUACCCUAAAACAUCAAAUAAAAACAAUCCAAAAUAAAACACUGCAGAAGAAAGUCAAAUAUAAAGUAUACAUUGAAAUCAAUAUUACCUGAAAAAUUUCAAAAUAAAACAUUGCAAAAGAAGUCAGUUCCAGAAUGCAUAUUUAACGCAGCAAAGUUAACAAAAAAAUAUUUAUUUCAAAAGAAAACAUUACUAAACAAAGUCAAAUAUAUAAUGCACAUUUAAAAUAUAAUCAGCAAGAGAAUAAAAUAUUAAGCAUAGAACAUACCUACUGCUGUUGCUGCCAGUGGUGAUUCAUGGCAGGUGGCAGCUGUGGAAGCUCAGUCACCUGAGUCUGCAAACAUGGCCUUCGGCCCUUUUGUAGCUGAAGUCAGUCAGAGCCUCACCCAGGCUAGAACGGAAAAGGCCUGCAAGAAAGGGAGCAGGUCUUCCAGGACUCACAGCCAGGAUAUCAUGGUUGGAAUACCCACUUGUAUAGUGGGAAUGUUUUCACAGAUUAUUUUUACUGUUGUUAGCCGCUCUGAGCCCGGCUUUGGCUGGGAAGGGUGGGAUAUAAAUAAAUAAAUGAUGAUGAUGAUGAUGAUGAAACCAAGCUCUAUGCCUUCAGUUAUCUAUAGAAAGUUGUAUAAUUGUUAUCUCUUAGAUGGGAGGGCAUUCCACAAGGUGGGCACCACUCCCGAGAAGGCCGUCUUCUUGGUUCCCCGUACCUUCUUCUCACAAUGAGGGAACCGCCAGAAGGCCCUCGGAACUGGACCUUAGUGCCUGGGCUGAACGAUGGGGGUGGGGAUGCUCCUUCAGGUAUACAGGGCUGAAGCUGUUUGGUGCUUUGAAGGUCAACACCAACACUUUGAAUUGUACUCAGAAAUGCACUGGGAAACAAUGUAGAUCUUUUAGGACUGGUGUUAUAUGGUCUCUGGUGGCUGCUCCCAGUCAUCAGUCUGGUGGUCACAUUCUGGGUUGAUUGUAGUUUCUGAGUCACCUUCAAAGGUAACCCCAUGUAGAGUGUAUUGACCUGCACCACCAUGGACAGCUGAGAGUCCAAGACUGUGGACUUGGUUCUUUAGGGGUAUAGUUACCCCAUUCAGGACCAGGAAGUCCCCCAGACCUGCCUGACCCCUGUCCCUCAGAAACAGUACUUCUAUCUUGUCGAGAUUCAACCUCGAUCCAACCUCCAACUGCAUCCAGACCCUCACACAGGACGUUCACUGUCUUCACUAGUUGUGAUUUAAAUGAAAGGUAGAGUUGGGUAUCAUCUGCAUACUGGUGAACACUCAGCCCUGUCUCCCUGAUGAUCUCUCCCAGUGGUUUCAUAUAGAAAUAACAGUUGGUCUGUCAAGUUGUUUGCUGUUUAUUCUGAUUGGUAGUGGCUCUCCAAGGUCCCAGGAGGAGGAAAUUCCUGGCCCUGAUAUAUGAAAUCUUUUAACUGGAUUGGCCAGGGUUUGAACUUGGGACCUUCUGCAUUCAAAUCAUGUGCUCUGCCUCUAAUAGGCAGUGCUCAUCCCAUGGAGUUCAUUUAAUUUUAGUCUAUGUGCUUCUUCAUAGGGGCCUCUUUUCCAUCUCCACUUCCCAUCUGCCCAGAGUACCCUGUGCACCUGACCUGUGAGCAACACUCAUGCUCUCCUCUCCUUUUCUAUUCCUGGCCCCAGCAGUCUUGUGGGUGGCCUUGAGAAAAAUCAGAAUAAAUUAUGCAGAAAAUACGGAUUUGCUUUGUUUGCAUAGUGGAUUUGGUUACAGAAUUUGGUGUUGUGUUUAUUGCAUAUAGAAACUAGAUCACCUCUCUUUUGUUCAGGAUAUCUGCAGUCCUGUGUAUGAAUUGCAAAAACAUUCGCCAUUGUAGAAGACUUGUGCGCUAACUGAACCCCUUAGAAUAAAAAAGAUAAACACUUUUUUUAGAUCUUUUUAAAGGAGAUGGUCUUCUUCCUGUCUCUGUUUCACCUGAAACUAGACAGCUUUUCCUGAAAUGGCUUCUAGUUGGAUUCCCCUUUUGAGAAUCUCUGUGUAAGAGAUACCCAACUCUCACCCCUGAGACUGCUGGUACAAGGUUCCAGCUUCUGAGUACAGCAUCUGUUUGAUCUGAAACAAGGAGGGUUUGGCUUCUUGCAGUGAUAAAGGAACUGCUCCCCUAGGAUUGUUCCUUGUCGCAGCAAAGUGAGCCAGCACUCAGGUGUUGCUAAUUUCAAAGUACAAAAGUGCAGCAAUAAAGAGGCCACUUGGAUGCUUGUGUAGCCUGAGAAUCAGUCUCAGGCAGGCAGUCCCUACUUGGCCUUUGACAUUGAAAUGCCCGAAUUACUAAGCACAUAUUGUAACUUUAUGGCAACCAGAAACAUAACAUUUAUAAUUCUGUAUUUCACUUAACUUUACAAGGCUUUUUCUACUGUUUGCCAUUCAUGAAGCCUUGCCAGUUGUUGCAGCCCACCCCAGUAUCUCAUAAUUCAGUUCCAAAGUGGAAGCCAGACACUCAGUCUGAAAGUCAGAUUUUAAAUUGGUCUCUGGCUUGUGUGCUCUUCUCUCUCUCUCUCCUCUAUCUCCCAUCUCUCUCUCUCUCUCUCUCUCUCUCUCUCUCUCUCUGCGUGCACUUAGGUGAUAGUAUGUUAUUCUAUUUCUCCCCCUCUCCUUCAAACACACACUCACUUCUCCAAAACUGCAACUGAGAGGGAAUCGGUCACUCAAAACCACAAGUCUGCAACCUAGCUGGAAUUUGAACUUGGUUAUCCAAGUUUACCAUUCUUCCUGCUGAACUAUACUAUAAUUUAUUCUUUUCUCACAGAGUAUGAUUGUCGAAAAAGAACAAAUCUUUAGGACUCUUAACACCUACCUUCCAAUGGCGAUUGCUCCCUGGUGGAUUAUUUCUCCCAUCCACACUAACUUCAUUUCAUUAAUAGGGCACAAUUUGAGAUGCUAGCUUUGACCCACAAAGCCCAAAAUGGUUUUGGACCCUUCAAGGAGUGACUUCCUGCCUAUCUCCGACUUGAUUUUCUUCAUCUGAUAGAGCCCUCAUUAAAUAUGCAAUACAGUAUGUUGGACAAAUUCAAAACCACAUAGAGAUGUUUUCUGUGGGUGAACAUAUAUGAGGGCUACAUUAGGAGUAUAUCUUUAAAAUGUCUAUGGUUUUGGGUAUUGUUUUGUGAUCUUUUAUGGUUUACUGUUGUAUUUCAUAAAGUACGUUCCCUAAACCCAUGUGGAUGGGGCAGAUUUUAAGUCCAAUAAACAAAGAAAAUAUUUUUCAGGUAUUGCCAGUUUGUAGUGGUUUGGCACAGUUGAUACACCAUUGAAUGCAAUUUUAAUGUACAGCUGUAUUUUUUUUAUUUUUAAAAAACCCUUUAGCUCAGCUCAUGAAGUUCACUAGCUGCAUUGAUAAAGAAUAUCAUGUGCAUUAAUGGAGGGCUCUGGGCCAUUAGCUGUGCUUUGUAAAAUGCUUUAUCGUGGCCUUGUACCCUGCGCAUUUGCAAUUGCGUCUGUUAAUGCUCCUUAUUUUUCUUUAUGAUGAGGGUUGGGUGAGGCAAGAUGGGGAGGAGGGGGAAACACCCACUUCUCGAUUCUUCUCUGGAUUUCUGCACUGUAAUGAUGGCACCAUCACCUGACUCUCAGGAAAGGCUGGCCUGCCUUGAAUUGUGGGGUGACUGGCUCUUUUCAGCAUGCUUUAAUCUUGGUUCUGUUGCAUCCCCCACGUUCCUGAUUUUAAUUGUGUAGCUGCUGCCGUAUAGCAUUUCCUAUGCCGACGAUGACCGACAUAUGUUAAACAUACCACGCCCAGCCUUAUCGCUUGCUGAAACAUUUGUUUGGCUUUUGAAACCUUUUUCUGCAUGGCAUAUUUUCUCCCUUUUGUAGCCAGCCACAAUCACUAGUUUGAGGUUAAAUACACGCUGCAGAAUAAUAAUGUUAUUAUAUCGCGUAUGGAUUUGUGCGUUACGUGUGACUGCAAUGCAUGUGAGUGUGUGAAUUAGAAAAUACAUGCAUAGGUACAUCUCAGACAGUGUAUAUUAUUUGGCUUCUUAGUGAACCCCAGCAGCACCCAGAUCUAACCUCGUCAAGAAUGCAAGCAACAUAUUUUAGUGAACAAAGGUGCCAAUCAGUCCGCCAGCCAUCAGUGUGUAAAUAAGAAUGCAGACAUUGUUCCAGAGUCUUCUGUGAGUCUUAAGAUGGCAGAAUCACAUUUCUAUAUAAUAAUGAUGAUCUGGCUGUCCCUUAUUGCAGCCUCGUGUUUUGUGCAAAUUCAUGGCGGCUUGUGAAGAGAAUAGCUUUACAAGCUGGUGUUGCAAUGUGUAGCCACAGCCCUGCACCUCCAGUGCAGGAAAUGCAUUUUCCACAUUAACCAAACAUGACAGCUGAAACGGUUAUUAACCAUGCAAGAUGUCGGAAGUCAUCAAAAAUUCACAUUGGAGUAAUUGCAGUGGCUUGGGGGUGGGGGUGGGAAAAAUAAAUCCUUGUUAAAUCUUUCUCUGCUUGCAUCUCAUCUUUUCCUUCCCUUCUCUCCUCCCUGCUCUUAAAUCUUACAUGGUACAUUCCAUUAACAAUAAAGUAUCCUUCUGUAACCUAUAAACGCUCCCUUCAGUAACUGGUUUCACACCAGUGCUGCCUAUCCUUGGUGAAGGACAGCCCUGAGCAAAUGCCACCGCUGCUUUGCUGGCAGUGGUGUUCCACUGUGGGAACAGCUGCUUUCUCAUUGUCUUGCUGGACUCUUCACUGUCUCAGCCAUAGCAGAGCUUGCAGGGGGUUUCCCACCCUUGAGAAGAAAAACUGUGAGCUCUGAUACAGGAAGAUUUGAGGUGCCUGGAACCAAAUGCCAGGCAUUUAAAGUAUUGCAACUCACCCCGACAAGGUUUGUAACUUCUCGUUCUGUAGCCCACAAGAUAGGAAAUGCAUUUUACACAUUGUUUGUUUGUUUAAAUGCGUGUAUAUUUAACACACAAAGAACUCAAUCUUGAACAGUUUCUUUUCUGUGGUAAUGAAAGAUACAAAUGUGGAUUGUUUUUAAAUAUGUAGAAAUUGGGAGUUAAUUUAGAAAAAUAACUGUGAUAAUUUUAAAAUAAAAUAUUAGAUUUUUGCUUUGCUAAUUCCCCUUCUCCCUUUGAAACAGUUGUAAGGGAGGGGCGUCUGUUGUCUGCUUUUAAAAUAUAUCCAUUUAUUCACCUCCUUAGAAUCCUUUGCUGCUUAUUUUCUUAAAAUGUAGGCAAAAGUCAGGAGUACUACAUUUUUAAGGUGCAGCCUGCUGAUUUCAUUGAAGAUAUCACCAUCCUUGGGUGGUAGAUUUUUUCAAAGAGAAAUAUCUGUAAAUUGGAUUUAUGGUAUAACUGUGGUGGAAAUCUGUAUAUGUUCCAGUUUGUAUAGACACUUGCUUUAUAUUCUUAGAAAUUCAGUUGUGAAAUAUAUAGAUGAAGCCCUAAUUUUAAGGGAGGGUGUCAAUAAAUAAAAGAGUUAUUACUUAUUUCCUGCUUUUCUCCCCCACUGAAAGUGGUUUGAAUUAAGUAUAAUUGACAGUCACUUUUUAUCUUGUUAGGUUUUGGGCAUGAGUCAGUACUCUGAACUUAGAAUUUCUUAGCCAUGUAAAACAACGAAGGAGAGAGAGAGAGAGCGCACAUAUUUCUGUGGAGUGGCUGAUUUGGUUUUGUCUGUAACAGUAUUCUACCUUCAUUGGGGAAGCUAAGCUAAAGAAAGGUUUCUGUUUUAUACAUCUCUUGAUGUGGUACAGGCAGUUAAGGAUUCAUCCAACCAGUUUAGAGGUUGUACUUUAAAAUCAUUAAGGUAUAGACUGAACGGUUGCCUGGUCCCUUUUCCUUGUUCCAUGAGAAAUGCGACAACUAGCUUGGCACACAGAUGUUGCUGUGUGGCAACAUUCUUUGACCAAACAGUUGUGUGUUAAGCCUGGUUUAAAAGGGAGCAUUGCUACAGAGACAGCCUGGCAAUCCCAUAUAUAUAUAUAUGGAUGAAUGAGAGAGGAGAGACAAUGAGAUGUUCAUGCAAAGAUGGAGCUUGCCACUGUCCCUAAGUGGGAGAUGCCUCAGUUAUUCUUGCAGUUUUGCACUGUCUUAUAGCAAAUUAUUUUCCUUUGUCUGAAGAGGGUGGGAACCAGAGUUCAAAUAUGAGCUCUGUAAAUCAACGUAUGGGGAGGUGGGAGGGGGAGACACCUAAAUCCCCAUCUAGAAUCCCUAGGUCCAGCUUGCUUCUUUUAAAACCAUGCUCUGGGUGUUUUUUGAGUUGCAGUUGUCUUGUGUGUUUGUGAUUAAAAUGUUUAGCUUUCAUGCCUUUUUAACAUAUCACAUACAUUCUAUAGAAGAGAGUAUGCAUUUUAUUUUUUAUUUUAAAAAAUGAGGGUGUGGAUAUGCAUACUGUUGAAUGAGGGAAAAUGGAAACCUUUUGUCUUCUGUGUGUCUUUAUCACAUUGGUCUCAUGGUCAUAAGUGUGAAAAAGUUUAAAAUGGGGAAUUUAUUGUAGAAGCAGUGUUUCUUCAUCAAGCCUACAAUAAUUAAUGGACAUAAAUGACUUAUUAUAGCAGGAAUUGAUAAAAUACAUGGUUAUUAUUAAAUAAGUUUUGUAGAUUGUGUUAAAUAAUGUUUCAUACAUCAAAUUUCUAUACACAUUUAAUUUGUAUAAUGUGUUUAGGAACUAUAUCCAUUUUUAAUUAUGUACCAUUUUUAUAAGGCCAAAUGUUUUAACAGAAAUGAAAUUAAUUCCAGCCUUAUCACCACCUAUUUAAAACUUUUUUUGCUCAAGAGUGAUUCUUUCUCUCCCCCCCCCCCCCCGCUAUCAGAGGAGGAAUAGUAUUUGUUUCUCACUCUAAUCAUCUCUUUAACAAAUGAUUCAUUAAUUUCCAAUGGUAUUGUUGCAAUUUGUCUUAUUUGAAUUUAAGAUUCAUGGGUGACUGUCUUGGUGCAAUGUAUGAGAUAACUAUUUAAAGUAGACACCUGAAGUCUCAGAUCUGUUGAUUCUUCCAAAUUGCCUCACCCCACCCUAAUGUAUUAAUAUCAAGUAUCGUAUUUUUAUUCUUGCUGCCCCUUUGUUGUAAUCUUAUACGCAUUGAUCAUACUAGUCUGGGAAAAAUAGGUUGUAGCUUUGAAAGUUUGAUUGUGACAAAGUUCUUCCAACCCUUCAAAUGCUCAGAAAGAAAAUUAUUAAAUGACAUUUUCAAAAGUGUCGCAGUGAGUGAGCGUGUCCAUCUCCUGGUUCUGCAUUUUGCAUCUCCAUUUAACUUGGUUAUCAUAUUUCAGUGCUUGCAAUAUACCGAGAAAGCUUUUUCGAAACAGGCGUUGCCCAGCAAGUGGGCGUUGGUGUGUGCAGAUGCUGAACACUUGGUAGAUGGAAGGUGGGGUAGUGGGGAAGCUUAUAACUCUUGGCUUUUUUACAGAAACUGCAAGAUCCUUAGUGUUUCCAGGGAAAAGAAUCAUAAGCAGGUACAUGGGAUUGUCUCAGGGCAAGAAAAAUGAAGUGGUUAAAAUCAGUUGUAUUUUAGGUCUGGGGAAGCUUUCAAGCUUAAAGAAACAAAGCUAAAAUGAACCAAAGAGUGUGAAAUGUGGGCAGCAAAGAAGCUUUAAAAAAAAUGUGUUUGAGCACAUGCACUACAUUUUAAUGUAGUUGUUGUGAAGCAUAUAGCUCCAUUUGCAAUAGUACAAAAAUAUAUGUGUCGGUAAAAACCCAGCUAUGGAAAUGCUUCUGAAAAGCUGCAGAUGAAGCAUUUCUGACAGGGAGCUAGAGGGCUGACUGUUGAAAAAAAGGAGAGAUAUCAUGUGAACAGGAGUAACAUGGUAAAGACAGAGGAGUUGCCUUUUCAGCCUAAGAAACUCAGUAGGACAGAGGAUCAGUGACAGUGUUAAUUGCUGGGUGGUUUUCUUAUAUAUUUUAGAGGGGCUAUUGGUUUUGGUUUUGAUUUUUGGAUGGCAUUCCAGGAAAGCUGUUCAUUGAUAUAAUUCAUUUGAAGCCAAUGAUUCUACACCAAUGGUGAGGUUUUUAUCAGCUAAUUUAUGAUGGCUUUUAAAGUGUUUCUAAUAUGAUGAAUGUUAAAAUCAGGCUUCUUUGCAAUGGCAAAAGUGCAGUGUUGUGUCCAGGUAGACACUGGAGAUAGAUGGUGUGUGUGUGUGUUACUUUUUCCUUUUUUUCCAAAAAAUAAACUUCUCUUUGGGUAACAAGUUUAUGCAUGGCUACUCAGAAGUAAGCCCUGUUGAGUACAGUUGGGGCUUACUCCCAGGUAAGCGAGUAUAGGAUUGUAGCCCAAGUCCCUAUGGCUCAUGGAGCUUCUCUUUGUCUUUAUAUUGGGAAACAGACUCCCCUACCUCUUGUAUUCCCAAAGAAAGCCUCUUUCCAUUGAUUUUUCAUAAUAUCCUAACCCUGCUUGAAUGCAUUGAAUGCUGAGAGCUAAGGCGGGGUCCUGGAGUAGCAGAAUUGUGCUUUUCUGCCCCUUGUACCUGAGGACAGUGCAAUAGCAGAAACCACAGCUACAUAAAAGAAGGAAGGGUAAAAAGACACAUCUAGAUUAUUUUGAGGUUGUUUGAGAAAGAAAGCAUUAAUGUUGCUUGCUUGAAAAAUAAAAGGCAUACGUGUAACUUCAGUACUAAAAUGGCAGCAAAAAGCAAUAAAAUGGCGUCACGAGGAAAAAUUAGUUAACUAGCCUGAUUUCAGGGCGUUCCCCUUGCUCAUUCUAAGGAAGAUGAUUCUUUUCAGUUCUGGUUGCUGCCAGUUAUGACCAUCAUUUUUCAGUUUCCAUUCUAGAACCAGAAAUAGCUCCUUUUUCCUUUUCUAUACCUUUGCAUCCAGUUUUGUGCAAGUGUAUAUGGGAGCCUCUUUAAUGGAAAAUUAUAUUUGAAAUUAUCUUUUUCUUAUUACAGCAUUUCUCCAUUCUAAGAAUAAACUAUCAUUUAAAAGGACUCUGUCUGUGUGCCUCAGAAGAUUAACCUUUCUUUCAAAUAACCAUGCUUGGCUCCUUAGAAGCAUCAUAUGAGUUCCUGCAACUUAAUGUGAGGGGACAGGACAUCAGUGGAAAUGGUCAAUUUGUGGUUUAGAACAGGUGUUCUAUCGGGGUGCCAUACACAGUAGCAUAUAUCCAGCUAUAAGUAUAACGGCGUGCCAAUGCUCAAGAUGGCUUGUCAGAGCAUUUGAAGCACUGGCCCCAGCAUUUCACUAGGUAUAGUUCAGCCAGCACAUAGAAUGUGGAGUUGCAAGAGCUUGCAGAACUACUUACAGAACUGACUUUAUGAAGUCUGUAUAUUGCUGAGCCCAGAGGAAGGCUGAAAGCAGGAUGUAUACUUUUAAUGUAAAAAUUAGUUUAAUUUUUCUGUCAUCACCAUUAUUAGUUAUAAUAAUCUCUGGUCCAAAAAAACACAACAACUGUGACAGAAUUCCUGUCCAGAAAUCUGUGACAUAGCUUGGUUGUAGUGAAACCAAAUAAGGGUUUAAUUUAUUUGUUUGAUAGUAAACAAAUAUUCACUGACCCCAAAUUUAGGUCCAGGCUAUCAACUGGGACACAGACCUUCAAAUGAUGAUAAAUUUCCAAUAGGUGGUAAGAGGUCUUUUCCUGUCCCUUCUGCAAAUUCUCAGCUAUGAACUAAAUUAUUUUGUCAAAAAUAAUGGUCAUCAAGAACUGAGAAGAAUAUUGUUGGAGCCUUGGAGCAUUAAAGACCAUCUGCUAAUAGUGAAAUAUUAGGUGAAAGAAAAAACAAAUGCACUAAUUUUAUUUUUAUUUUUUUCUACGUAUUUAUGUAGCUCAAACUUUGAAGUAGUAUUACAUGGAUUUAUAAUUACAGUGGUACCUCGGGUUACAUACACUUCAGGUUACAUACGCUUCAGGUUACAGACUCCGCUAACCCAGAAAUAGUGCUUCAGGUUAAGAACUUUGCUUCAGGAUGAGAACAGAAAUGCUCCGGCGGUAUAGCGGCAGUGGGCGGCCCCAUUAGCUAAAGUGGUCUUCAGGUUAAGAACAGUUUCAGGUUAAGAACGGACCUCCGGAACGAAUUAAGUACCACUGUACUCUCUUUAACAGAUUAUUAACUCAAAGUAGAUUUACUGCCUGGUGGAGGUGGAAUUGACUCCUAGAGACAGCUCAAAACUGAACCUUGCCAUGCACUCGUAUGCCCCAUUCAUAUUGCAUGCAUUUUUAAAGCUUAACAAGUGUCUGGUGCCAAGCAUGAAAUGUCAGCGUUAAUAUACAUUUCAACAGAAAUAAAUUACAAGCAGAAUUAGAUUAAAUCAUGAUCGACUAAUGGUACCCGUCGCAAUGCUUUGAGUUAGAAAUUUUAAUUUAAAAAACAAACAAACUGAUGAAGUUAUUUCAGAAUUUGAAGGUUAAAAUGGCUGCCGGCACCAUUGCUGCUGCUGUUGUCAGAAGCACCCUCAUAAAAAUGGAGGUCAGUGACAGUAAAAUUAGUCCCGCCUCCUCCUCCUCCUCCUUUUUCUUCUUCAUGUUUGCAUGCUUUCUGCAUACUUACUGGCGAAAUUGCCAUUCCAAAUGGCAUUGUCUCAUAUACCAAACUUAUUCAGGGUGGUUAGCUCAGUUUGCUUUGGAUAUCCAAACCCUUCAGCUGGCACCCAAAUAUUAAAUGCGGAGCCCUUGUCAAAUUUCCAGUUGUAAUUGAACUUCUCUUUUAAACAUCCCUAUAUUGGGUCUGAUCCAUCCUUCAUGGCUGCAGCUUUAAUUUCAUUGUGGGCUGUAUGUAUCUCAGUCUGAGCUUUCCUGAAAUGAAUGGAGAUGACUCAGCAGUCAUUUUGAUGGGUUGCGUCCAUUGUCUGCAGCAAUGCAGCUAUUUGAAGCCUUAUGUGAGGACUGUGAUUCCUUCUCUAUGCACAUGUUGGAGUUUUACUGGGGUGGGUACUAAAUUCCAAGACCACCUCACCUGUCAGCCUUGUUCUAAACUUGAUUUAAAAUUCCCUUUCUACUUCGCACAUCAUUUAGUUUCAAACAAAAGAAACGAUCACAUUUGUAUAUAUAGUUGCUAAAACACAUUUACGAACCUUGAUACCACAUGUGGUCUAUCAUUUUGUUGUCAAGUUAGAGAGAGCUGCUGCAUUUGCUUUUUUAUUUAAGGGUAUUCUAGAUGCUCACAAGUCUGCAGUGCAGCACAGUGCAAUAACUCAUAGUGAGCUGGUUCAGGUGUAAUGCCAAACCAUGGUUUGGUGUGAUAAGAGCAAGCCUUCAGGGAGGUUGAGGCCAUGCUCCCUGCCUUUUCCUCCCACCCUCUAUGCUGUAGUUCCUUCUCUACUUCACCAAGCCUUUAUUAGGCACUACAAAUACAGGCCAUCAUAAAACAUCCAUAUAUAAAAUGUUAAAAUAUAUACAAAAAUAGCCAUGUAAAAUAUGUAAUAACGAGGGUUUUCGUUGGAGUUUCUUCCCGCUAAAUAGUACCAUUCACUACUCUUAAGAGAUACUAUUGACAAAGACUCAGCUACGCUUGCAGUUACUUCUGAGUCAGACAGAUAGAAUCUGAUAUUUUCAUUGUGCGGUGAUGUUAGACUACCCAAAAAAGGGGAUAGCACACGUUUGUGUAACUGGUUGUAGAAUGGACAGUAGAAAAUAAUAUGUUCUACAGUGUCUGGUACAUUCAGUGUCUAUUGUUUAUGGGGAUGUUUAAAUAUCUGUCCUUGACAAAAGCUGAGGGGAAAAUGUUGAGUCAGGCUAACAUGAAGGACCUAUGUUGGAAUAGAAUUAUUAAUUUUGAAAUAUAAGUUCCCCUGUUAUCUGUUGUAUUUAAACCAUAGAACUUGGGGGAGCAAUUUUUUUUUACAGCUGACGCAAUGUUUCGUUUUUCAAUGUCCCUUAAUCUGGUUUGAAUAUUGUGAUAAAUAUAUCGCUCAUAAUUCCCUCUCUCUAUUCCUAGUUUGAGGCAAGCUAUAGUUCACCCUAACCCAACAAACCUAAUAUUUACAUUUGCCCUGCAAACCAGGGUUGCAAUCCAUAACCAAAUCACAAUUUGCUAGUUUAGACCAAACAGCAAGUGGGUUGCCUCAAACAAGGAGAUGGAUUACUACAUUGGGGUUGUGUUUCAGAGACCCAAGACUCCAGUUUAUUGUAGUCUCAAAUCAUAAUUUGGUGUUAUAUCUGAACAAGCUCAACAUCUAACCCUUCACAGUUUUGUUACCUUAAGAAAACUCUGGAAGAAGGUCUUCAGUGAUAUGUACUUGGUAGGGAUGGUCCUAGUCAUUUGCCCUGCAUGAUUCACAGAUUGCAGCCUAGGAUCCCUUGUAAUGCUGCAAACAAUCUUGGGCCUGCCUCUGAGUUGUCUUCUACUUCUUUUGGUGGCUCUGAAAAUAAUGCCAUACCAAACAACUGUGUUGUUAGUGCAGAUGGGCUGUCUCUAACAGAAUGUCUGGUUUUUUGCUUGGUUUAACGCCCUGUCCACGACUUCCUGCUCACCAUCUUUUCUGCUCUAUGAUCAGCAUGUUCUACUUUCCUUGUAAAGAAUCCUCAUACAGAAUUGUCUCUGAAUGAUGUUGUCAGAGUCUGUAAUCCAAUUAUGAUUUUGCAUGUGUAACGAGAACAGCCCUGAAGCUAAGUUGGCAUACCCUGCAGGUGCCUUCUCUUCAAUGUAAGUGUCUUGAUUAUUGGUUCCUAUUUUUUAUUUGGUUGCCUAUCAUAUUGUAUUGUUUACAUUUCAAAUGCUACAGCUCUGAUACUAAAUAUUCCCCAGAAAGACAUAUUUUCCCCAAUUUCUCCGUGGCAUAGAAGAGACAUCAAUUUGUCUACAUUUUCAGUAAUGUUCCAUGAAGUUCUGAUGGAGCCAAAAAAAGGAGAACAAAAUUGGAGCUAAACAAAAUUGGAGCUGUUUGUGCUCUGGCUCCUUGACCUUCGCUAACAAGGACUGUCCCUGUUCAUCGUCUGCUGGCAGGAACUGUGCCGUCUAGCAGUAACGUCCUUAUUUUGCAAGCAUCGCCUAAGUGACUGGCAUGGCCUGUUUGCAGGUAGUAUAUGUUAAAUGGGCUCUUAAAGCAUUUCUGAUGGAAUAAAACAAUCUUCCCUGCCUCUCACUCCUUUGGUGGUGCCCUGUCUUUACUUGUGCUCUUUUUAAAAGCAGCUUUUCAAACUACGUUUGUUCUUGUUCAAACACAUGCAUCUAAGUGUGCAAAAGUGACGUCGGAAGGAGUGAGAACCAGAGUUUCGUUAAAGGAUCUCUCCUAGUCAUUCCUGGAGAUGACUAGGAUUGAACCUGGGACCUUCUGUAUGCAAAGCAUGUGUUCUGCCCAUGCAUUCUGCCCCUUUCUCCUAAUCAUAGCCACUAGAAGGAACCAGAAAGUGAUAAACUGGGCAAAAUUAAAAACUGCAGCCAAGUAGUCAUAAACUGUUUAUGCCACAGCCAAAUGAUCUAUAAUUGUCAUCUUGGCUUUUCAGUGGUCCUGCUUGUUUACUUUGUAUCAAAGUUGUAUAAGGUAUCUAACUCCCUUUGUUUUAAUUUAUUAAAUAGGAAGGACUGAACUCUGCCUGUUUCUUAACUGGUCUUGACCAUUCUGAUUUUGUUCUUAAUCUUCUCUCUUGCAUCUUCCAUGUAAUAGUCUUUAUUAAUCAAACACACAUUCUGUGUGAUGUGCCAGUUUCUUCCCGCUCCCACUUUAAUACUUUAUUUCAGGAUCACUUCACGCAAAUCAUUUUCAGUUGGAAUGUGACACCAGUCAGAUGUGAAGUGUUCAUGCAUGCACUUUUUGCAGCUUCUCUUUUUCAAAAUUCAAGCAAAUUGGAGCCUAAUCUUUUUCCCAAUUGUUAUUUGUACCUAAAUUGUGAGAAUAACAUGAAAAGGAGAAAAUGGGCAAAGCUGAUGUGGGAUGUACUUGUGCAAGGAAGAGAGCCUUUGCCCUUUAGCAUGAGAGCUGUUGCAGGCAUUCCUUGGGUCUUUUCUAGCAUACAUGAGCAACUGUGCAGACUAGAAAUUGGCUUUUGAAAAUGCUGAUCUACUUGGAAGUCUGUAAUAGGUGUCAAAUCAAAGACUACAUUCGGUGCCACAGUCUACACGUGUGGAGUUAGAGAAUACAAAAGGCUUUGAAUUUAAGCAGUUGGAAAUUCAUGAAGCCGGUUGCUAAAUGGUAGGGACAGUCAUUUAAAACAGCAAGCUGUGUAAUGAAUAUUGGAGAGAUUUAAAGGGGGGGGGGUUACAUGUCUGAAUGCUUUGCACUUGUUGGACUUUAGGGUGUGAUCCUGGUUGGUGAGGGCCAGGCCAUGCAAUGUCAAGGGUGGAAGAUAGCUUUUAACCUAACUGCAUGUGUCCCUAGGACAAAUGUGUCCUAGUUCACUCAUAGAAACUGAAUUACAACCUGACGCUUUCCAGAAGCUUCCCAUUCCUGGGGAAGAUCAGUUGCAAUGGGCAAGCUGUCUUUCAGGAGCACUCUGCCAUUACUGUGCUGCUGAUUUUUCUAAUUGAGAAAUCUCCAAGAAGCUGGAAUUCUCUGGACAGAGGUUGAAACCCACUAUGUUAAUUUAUGGGAGGAUGGGGAAUCUUUGGCCUUCCAAAUGCUGUUGGACUGUUAACUCCCAUAAUCCCUAACCAACCAUUGGCCCUGCUGAAAGUUCGAUCCCAGUGUCUUCAGGAGAGCCACAGACCUGAUGUAUAAGCUACUUAUUGAACUUUGUUAAGCUUGUUGGUAAAUGUUUUAAAAAGCAAAUUACAUAAAUCCAAAUUUGAGGCUCCAUUUAAAUCUUUGUCAUUUUCCCCAUUGCAGUAUCUGUUAUUCGGAAUUGCUGUUUGCUUCCUUGACCCCCUCUUGUUCUGCCUUUUACCUAUUCCUAUGAUGGUGCCUCAUUUCCCCAAGUUGCCUGUUCAUGUUUGAUGGGAAUGUGACUGGGUAUAAAGCCAGGAUUUAAAAAGCAAAAUAGAUGCACACAGCAAAUAAAAGAGUAGCUGUUUUUGCUGUUCUGGAUUGAUGGUUGGUCUGGCUGGCUGCCUGCUUGGGUAUUUUCCCCUGUGAAUAAAUAAAGUGGAAAGCAGAGUGUGUUAAAUCAAUGACAGGUUGUUAAGCCUUGCCCAGAGAAUUGGCUGAGGGCUUGGGCUAUGCUAAACUCUUCCAAAAUAAUGUGAUAGAUAAAUAAUACUAACAAAAAUAGAAUAGCUUUGGAGUUCAGCUAUUCUCAUGCUUUAGCUGGAUAAGUGAAAGGAUAAGCAAUUAUUUCUGGCUUCUGCCGUUCAGUCAACUUGCCCUUUUUGGGGUUAUUUGUAUGUUUUCAGGGACUGGCCUGGAGCUUGUGGAACCAGACCAUCACUUUUUAACUCUUCCUUGUGAUCAGGAAAGCUUAUUGUCUCUUCACUGGCAUCCAGAGCUUUUCGUUCUGGUUCUCACAAACCGGAAGAGAGGCAGCAGGUGCUGCAGUGCAGAGCCGAGAGAGAACAGAAGCAGGGCACUUUGUAAAGAGUUAAUGCAGAUAUAUAUUGAAAGGGAAGUGUUCAACCUCUUUCAUUUUAACAUGGAGCUUCUUGAACAUCUUCCUCUUUCCCCUCUCAAGUUGAAUAAUCUUGCUGUUGUAGCAAUUUGCAGAGAAUAUUGUUAAGUUUAGUCUUAAAACUAAACUUAAGCCAGCUGUGUAUGUAAGGCAGCCUUCCAUCACUCCUGUAGUGCAUGCUGGCUGGGGCUGGUGGGAAUUAUAGACCAAAACCUCUGGAUGGCACCAGGUUGGUAAAGGUUGGUGUAGUACCAAAUGUGUCUGAAUUUAAAUGGCAAGCCAAUUUCUGAAUCUGCACUUUUUCUUUCAACAGGGAUUCCUAAAAAAUGAAAAAGAUAAUGCUUUGCUAUCUGCCAUUGAAGAGUCCAGAAAACGGGUAAGUUGGAGAAGGGCAUAUGAAAAUGUCCUGAAAUUGAAACACCUCUUCAGUAGAGAGGCUGAAUCUCAGAGAAUUCUGCAUUCUAAUUGGCAUUGCAACGUGACAGAUUUGUGGUUAUACUAUUCUUCAUAGCAUGAGUAGCUAGUGUGGUUCCUCCUGAGGUUGUUGGGCUCCAAAUCCCAUCAGCUCAAUAGAGCAUGACAUUGUUGCCUGCUUUUGCUCUACAAGUGCAAGAGCUCUCUCCCAUGCCUAGUUUUAAAACCCUUUCAGAGUAAUGACUUCACACCUUGGAAUUGAAUAAACUGUAUAGACAAAUACUUUUCUGUAAUAAAGCCAAAGUGAGUGGAGGAGUGGGAUUGCUGCUCCUGAGUUGAUUGGCUCUUGUGCCAUAUGCAUGGGCUGUGCAUAGAAGAGUCAGUGGAAAGUUUGUGUCUGGCCCUAAUGCCACAGUAUCCCACUCUCAUCCAUGGUGUACAGUAUUCCUUAUUUGGCUACAUGAGUAGGGCUAAGAUUACAUGCAUUCAGCUAAGAGUUAUACAUUAGUGCUCUGUGAACAUGAGUUAGGCUCUUCCUUAUUUUACUGGUUUGCCUCUGAAAUCCCCUGUAAUAAUAAUAGUGAGAAACCACAAAAUGAAGAUUUGAAAUCACUGUGAUUAAAUUCAAGUUUAUGUGUAAUGGCCUCUGAUUAUUAUUUUUAAUGCUAUGUUUUUCUUGAAGAUGUGGAAGCAUAGAUUUUUCUCAGUUUAUUUCCGGGACUGGCCAACAGCAUGCUUCUGUAACAUACAAUAUCCACCCUAUCCUAAGUCUGGUGCCAUUGGCAUCAAUUUGGCACAUAGGCAAACCAAAGCCUAUAUUAAGAAAACUUUUACGUGUGUGACUAAUACUAAUCAAGCUUAUUUGUCUAACUUCUCUCAUUUGUGUGUAAUUUAAUGCAUGUGUCUACUUUAAUACAUUUUCCUACUGCUCUACAUUUUUUUUGUUAUUUAAUUCAUUUGUUGACUACCCUCAUCCAUUUAGUAUCACAGGACAGUUCAUAAUGCAAUAAUAAAACAAUAAAAAUGUUUUACAUAAAAAUAGUAACUACUAAACUAAUGUCAACAACUCCCAUAUCAGUACAGUAUGAGAAAAAUAGUAACGAUGGUUCAACCAAAACAUCAGUAUUGCUGAAACAUCUGGGUGGUUAGGUGAGACUGAUUGAUUCAUCUCCAAAUUGGAGGGGGGAGCUGUUUCUGCAAAUGGGGUGGCACCACAGAAAAGUCCCUAUUUUGAAUCACCUCAUAAUAGGUAAGACCACAAGAGCCUCCCCUCCUGUUUGUAAGGCGCAGGCUGGCACAUAUAGAAAGAGGUGCUCUUUUUUCAAGUAUGUGGGCACCAGUUUAUUCAGGGCUUUAGAAAUGAGCAUCAGGAUCUUGAAUUGCGCCUGAAGAAAUGAGAAAAUAGUGAGGAUUGUAGAGCCCCACAAACUUCAGACAUUUCAGCCAGCAUUAUGUGUACACUUCCAGGCAUAACUUUGCAGUCCCAAGAACUGGAAGCUUUUUUAAAAAAGAAAGCUGAGAAUUCUAAGCUGCAUUUUGCCUCCAACACCACACUCUGAACUUUAUCUACAAAAUGUUGGCCGACAUCCAGCACUGAGCAUCAUCUACUGAAAGGGCAGGGUGCAGGUGAAAGGGAAAGCUGUAUGUUUCUGUUGUCGAAAAAUGAAAUGAAAUCAGUUGCAUAACUGAUUUUCCAGCAUUAGUAGUAAUUAGCCAAAAUAGAUCAGGCCCCAGCUAAUGCUGGCAUUUGGUCUUCUACCUGCUCAGCAUGCUAAGCAGAUCACAGUGCCAGGAAUUUAGCAAGGCUCUCUUGGCCAACUGGGGGCUCCUGUUCUACCACUUGGAAAUUGUAGCUUUCCUUGUAAUUGUUUGUAACCAUGAAUAAAUGAUAAAGUAUCGUCAGGCCAUAAGAGAUUUAUUAAUCUAUUUAUUCCAUUUAUAACUCGCCCUUCAAUCUGAAGGUUCCAAGGGAAGUAUACAGCCAAAGUCAGUAUGAAUUAAAAAACAAAUAAAUAAAAGAUGGCAUUACAUAAAACCAAUAAACAUCAUAAAACAGCCACAGAACAGCAGAACAAAACCACUUGAAGAAGUGGUUUUCAAAUCUUCCCCAGAUGCCUGUAGGAAAAGAUGUGUCUUAAAUAUUAGUUGAGGUGGUGUCUUAAAAUAUUACUGGCUCCACUCUUAUAGUUGAGCGCUAUAUUCAGGGCAUUAAUUUGACAGCAAAAUAAACCCCUGUGUUGUCUUACUGUAAUUUCUGUUUUAAGACAAAUCAGAAGUCAGCUGAACAGCAAAAAAUGUGUUCUUUGACCUUCUGUUUUGGCAUUUGUAUGGGAGUAAAACAUACACUCAAAACCCAUUCUGCAUUUUAAUGUUUUUAGCAAAGCCUGAUUCUCCAUAGCUAUCACCACCACUACAGAUAUGCAGUGCUCCAAACACCCCAAAACAAACCCAAACCAUGGGGACAAAGCUGACUUUUGUACUGGAAUACGGAUGCACACACAUACACCUGUUUGUCCCAGCCAAGGUAGCUCAUCUAUCUUGCUCAUCUUGGUGUAAUGUCCCAUUCUAGAGAGAAUAUAAACCAAUUCAGACAGUCUCCGGAGUAACAGGUGAAUGGAAAUAUGUGCUUUUGAGAACACUUGUAGAGAAGAAACACCAGGUAACCACACUUCUGCUGGGAAGCAAACUUCUUAUCACUUAAGAAUAGUGAUAACACGAGAGAGCCCAUAUGGCGUAAGGUCAGGUUGAUAUACAACCCCCACACAUAGACACACUCCUGGUGAGUGAGGCAAAAUUAAACAAAGGCAAUGCCACAUAAAUGCAGGUCUGACUGCCUUAGAAUGGAGUUUUGCUCUUUUAAAAUGGAGGGACAGUAAUGUCCAGCUGACCAGCCCUUGUAAAUUUGUGGCCAGUAUGAAUCAGCCUUUUUACAAGCUACUAUCCUAUUAUAGACAUAAAGAAUGCCCAACUUGGUUGCUGGGAAAACGGAUGCAGCCUGCAAUGAAAGUGUAGCAAUAAUAAAAUAGAGAGGAGGACAUGAUGCUUCAGUUAUAUAUGGGCAUGCAGACAAAACAUAUUUGUCAAACACGGCUGCCUGUUUAGAAAGACAUAUUUAAUGUUGUAUUGCAGUUGACAGUGUCGUAGUUUACUGUAACACAAUGAACAAAAGCAAUGCAAGCAAUCAAAAUAUUUAGUUUCGAGACAUUUGGUAAAUCACUAACCAUUUGGAGCCUGCAAAUAAUUCACCGUGAACUGGUGUAUGUGGUGUAUGUGGACACUGAUUCACAACUAAAACUUCAAGUCAUCAAGAAUGUAGUUCUUAACCAGAUGGUCAGGACGCAGACGUGGCUUAGAUUAUAACAAAUAAUUUUAAUAAAUCUAUGGUAACUAUUUUGAGAGUGCAAGACAAGAUGACACAAAGUGAUUCUGUAGCUUGUAAUGUCUUCAAGUCUUUGUUUCUGAUUAAAUUUCAAUUCACUCGGAACAAUCAAAUAUUCUUCACUUAAACCAAGAGUAGCCAUAUUGUUUUGCAUUUGAUUUAUCCCAAAAUGAAAGAUAUUUAGAAACAACUUCAUUUUUUGAUAGUACCAGAAUGGAGAGAAUGACAGAGUGAUAGAAUUUAAUCUGGUUCUUCAAAACUUUGUUCUGAUUCAGUGCAUACCUUUAGAAAGGGUCUUUUUUCUGAUCACACCCAGUCCUCAGAAGUCAACUUUUGUAAAGCUAAAUGUUCACAUAAAAUGUUGAUUGAAAGCUUCAAAUUUCAGCACUAUACAUUUGUUCUAGUUCUUUCUCCUAUAAAAAACAAAUUUUCUCAGUGCAGACAUUUAAACCUUAAUUUUCCCAAGAAUAUUUACUUGCCAAUGCAUCAGCUCCAUUUCUCUUUCUUUGUCCCUGAAGCCUUUCAGUUCCCAGUUUUAAUGCUUCCCCACUUUUAGAACAAAUAUUUCAAAUUAAUUAGAAACUAGUUUUAGGAAGCUGAAUAAAAUGAUGAUUACAUAAUUCUGGUUGCAAUAAUUUAGAGAUUGGGGAUGAGUGAGUAGAGUAUGUUGACCCUUGGUCGUAAGGCAUCAUUUUCACCAGGAUGGGGCAGGGGCAGUUUUGGGGGGGGUAGUAGUAUUACUUGGUUCUUGACAUGAAUGUUGCUUGUCCUGUUCUGGGUGGGUUUGAUGCAGUUUCUGCCACCCUGGUGCCCUCUGGGCACAGUCAUGCAGCUGGGGCUGAUGGGAGCUGGAAUCCAGAGCAUCUGGAACGUACCAGGUUGCUGAAGGGUGGUCUCUUGGGUCGGUAUUUUCUGCAUUAAUCUUGCUUUUCCUAGACCUUUGCUAUGGCUGAGGAGUAUCACCGAGAAUCAAUGCUGGUCGAAUGGGAACAGGUGAAGCAAAGGAUCCUUCACACACUUCUUGCUUCAGGAGAAGAUGCCUUGGACUUCACUCAAGAGAAUGAGGUAUCUCUUGGGCUCUCUUGCAGCUGCAUCAUCAUCAUUAUUUAUUUAUUUAUUUAUUCCUUCAUUCAUUUAUUCAUUCUCUCUGGCUUUUGAGAUUUCACUCUCUUCCUGUACACUCUCAAGCAUAUCUUCACAGUCAUGAUAUCAAGGAACUCGCUUUUAAAAUGAAAUCUAAGCUUGCUCACUACUACCUCCUGCGUCUCCUCCCCCCCCCCCCCGGUGCUUUCACAUAAUUGCAGUCUUCAGUGUCUGUAGUUUUUAAAAAAUGUUUUUGAUCCUCCUCAAACUCUCCACUUCCUAAUUGCAUCUAAAAGUGUUCUUCAUUGUAGAAACGUGUGGAACCCUGAAGUUCAUUUUCCAAAUUGCUCAUGUUAAUUGCCUAUGCUUCAUAUUGUGAUCUGGAAAUGAUGCUGGGAUCUCUUUUUCUUAAGCCUGUGCUAAUCACAGAAGCAUUUUCUUUAUGGAAAUACCCUGUGGAAGAUGUUUUACUGACAACUUAUUAAACUUAGUGGGCUACCAGAUUUUUCAGUUGUGGGGGAUGCAGACAAAAUAUGUUGGAAACUGGGUGAUCACUCACUCACUGCUCUUCAGUAGCAGAGCCUUGCAGACUUAGCAGGUUGUUCAGGAAGCAUUCAACAGCUUCUGGGGGUUUAUCUGAAAUUGAGUUUACCUUCAUUGGGAACAUCUUUUGAACAGGUAACAGUGGGUACAAAGGAUGACUAGCUUAGAGUUAAGUGGUAGACUGCCCUUAUCACAAAUGUUGAAAUCUCAAAGGAAGAAAAAAAUAAUCCAUCUAUUACACUUCACAAAUCAGUUAAAAGACAGGAUGUGAUUUAUCGCUCUGUAGUGCUCUUCUCUCUCCUGCAGAGCCUAUAUAAUACUGGUGUGUCGCUGCGAGAGCAUUUGAAACCCUUGAUGCGAUGUUUUGCCCCCAGCCUUGAAGUCAAAGGCCUGGGAGGUUUGCCAAGCAUCUGCUGCGUUAAAAGCCAGUUGCUUAACUUUCCCAAUUCAUGCUGCACUUAAAUCCUAUUUCAGAAAAAUUGUGAGCGAGCGAGAGGCAGACCCCCAUCCUUAGAAUAUAAUAGAGAGUUAAUUGAUACCUCUGGAUAUGCAGAAUCAGCUGAAAGGCACAGAAAGGCUUCUGGAAAGAAGACCAAUUAGUCAGUGAUGUUUUACGGUUCAAAGAAAGCUGAACACACAUUCUCUUUUAGUGGUUUCCACAGUUCCCUGAAGGGCAUAUGGUGUCUGGUCAAAGGAAACACAGUAUGGAUCAUGUUUGGCUUAGCUGUGUAUUCCAGGAGUGCUCAGGCCAAGGUUCCAGUUCAAAUGGGAUCUUCUGCUCUCCCUCAUCCCCACACCCUUUGGCCAUCUUGCUGUUCUUUCUGAAUCUCCCCACCCCCAUCUUUUUAUUUUAAAGUGCAGCUGUCACACAACCUGCUUCUAUACCAUCUAAAGUGCAUGGCUGCUCUGUCAGAGUUCCGAUAUCCCCAGGUCUCUUUAAACUCCUGUAUCUCUUCAGGUUUUCUGGAUUCAAGAUAGAGCCAAGAUGGCAAGUGUGCUGGCAGCGUUGCAGUCCCCCCUCCCCCCCCCCAAUGUUGCAGCAGAUAGCCAAGCCACCUGGAGCUUUGCCAGAAUGGCUGCCAAGGUUUUUGCUUUGGAACGUGUGUAUGAAUAAUGCAGAUUUUGGGUGCCUGCAGUUUGCAACAAGUGAAGCUAAAUGCAGAAGGGCUAGAGGCACAAUUGAGUACAGUGGUAGCUCGGGUUAAGAACUUAAUUUGUUCCGGAGGUCCGUUCUUAACCUGAAACUGUUCUUAACCUGAGGUACCACUUUAGCUAAUGGGGCCUGCUGCACUGCCACCGCACGAUUUCUGUUCUCAUCCUGAAGUGAAGUUCUUAACCCAAGGUACUAUUUCUGGGUUAGCGGACUCUGUAACCUGAAGCGUCUGUAACCUGAGGUACCACUGUAGUAGCUUUCUGUGCUGCCUAGUUGUUUGUAAAGGUGGAGAAGUCCACUGGGAAUUAGAAGUGCAUGUUUUAUUUUCCUGCGCUGAAAUCCAAAAAGUGGGCCUGCCCAUGACACUUGACAAUAAAGCCUGACUGUGCUUUCCAAGCAUGUUGCACAUUUUUUUGAGACUCAUGCAAACAGAAGACAAUUAUUUUAAAUGCUUUUAUCACACCAAAUGGCUAGUUGCAGAUGUUGCCUGCUUUCAUACUUAUUGAUUACACAAAAUAAAAACAGGUUUUUUCACACACCAAGCUGAUUUUUCCUUCUUUGGGUCAUGCGAGGGUUGAAGUUGCAUAGUCUUGAAUGCUGAAAUGAAUGCCAGAGAAACCAGGGUCUUCUCAUCAAAACAAAAUGUUCUCCUGACCGAGUUUGGUGAUCCCAGCACUGCCAAACAGGCAGACUGAACCAGGGAAGUCAUGCUGAUAGGGAUUUCUCUUAGCAACAUAGCAGGAAGCUGCCUUUGUGGAGUUCAAAGAAACUUUGCUGAGUGGGAGGCAGCUAUCCCUUAAUUGAUUUAUUUUCCAACACUUCUAAGUAUUACAAAACCUAAAUCUGACUCUACACUUGACAUUAUUCAUUGUCAUACCAUCUCUCUUUGUGUAUGUACCAUUAUUUUAAAGAAAUACAGACUGGCAGUUAUGAAUUUGAAAGCUCUCUUGUUAAGAGACAAGGGUGGGGGAAGAGCAUUGGGGGAGGGGGUUGGUAGUGGCAUAUGUCAAGAUUUUGAUAUUGAAGGACAUACGUCUUUCCAGGGGUUCUUUUCAUGCCCACAGGCCACUUAGCCAGUUGGUGCUUAUGGCACUGCAAUAAAAUACCUCACUGUGGCAGGGCAACCAGAAGUGGGUCCUGUAAAUGUGUCCCCAGGUUGCUUCUAAAGGGUUGCAGGGAGAUAAAGAACAGGAAGAGAGAGAUGGAUGCACAGCUGUGGGGAAUUUGCUACAGCAAAAGCCUCUUGCCCAGCAGCUUCAUGCUCUGGUGGGAUUCUCGAAGUUUUGGUAUUGGCAUAAAAGUGCCACCCAAUUGCUAAAUGAAUUUGUGUCAAAUACUCUGACCAGCAUUUUCAUUUUCUUCCAACAGCCCAGUUACAUCAGUGAGCUACCACCACCAGUUCGUAGUUCUUUGGACAACAUUGAGAUGGCCUACGCUCGACAAGUGAGUAAAUUAGAAACCUCAGUAUCUCAGCUAUGUUACCUGAAACUCCCAGUUAGGCCCACAGUCAGGCUUAGAGGCCAGCUCCUCAGAGGCUGAUCCUCUUGAGUGACAUGAAACAAACACAGACAUUUUAAAAAUGGUAUUUGACACCAGAUAUAAAAGCAGUGGUGUGAAGCAGAUUGGAUUUGAGUGGAUCAGACCAAGAGAACCAAAAGACAUACUGACUGAUGCAACACAUUGGUUUACCAGAAAGUACAGGACAUAGAAAACAGAAUUAUAGGAAACAGAAUCAGACACCUGUCCAUGAAGCUCAGUGUUGUCUCCACUGACUGGCAGUGGCUCUCCAGGGCUUCAGACUUUCCUCAGCCGCCCCUGAAGGUGCCAGGGAUUGAACCUGGGAACGUCUGCAUGCAAGGCAAGCGCUCUGCCACUGAGCUACAGCCCUUGCAUUCUUCCACACAUGAGGAGUGUAGUGGGAGCAAUCGAGCAUCAUGUAGCAGCACAAAGCUUGUUCCACAUGAACCACACUGAGUCAGCAACCUGGACUUAAGCAGAUAUGGCCAUUGUGUCACCAUGUGAGCAUGUACUUUAAAAUCCCAUACAUACCUGCCAACAUAUGAUCCUCCUAUGUUGUCCUUAGAGAUAUGCCACGUGGAACAGUGAGAAAUCCUGCCUUGCUCCCGACCCUGAGGCCUGCCUGGGGCUUUAGAAUAAAUGUGGCAGAACAUUUUGUAUUCCUCUGUAUCCCCUGGUGCACCAUUGCUGCGAGGCAAUGAAACGGGGGCACUUGCUGGCAGGAGCACUCCCCCAAGACCAUGUGAUGUGGAGGCUUGUUUCAGAUUCUUCUGUGGUUAGCAGGGAGGGAAGGGGUUGGAGGGAGAAAGCACUGGGGGAAGGGGUACUUGUGCUAGGAAGCUGCUUACUCUGUUUGUUUUCAGAUAUAUGUUUAUAACGAGAAGAUUGUGAAUGGAUACCUGCAACCCAACUUGGUGGAUCUGUGUGCUUCUGUAGCAGAGUUGGAUGAUAAGGUACUGCCUGUGAAGUGAGCAUAAGGAGAUGCUCUGCUUGUGCUCAACUGAGCUGAGCAGCCUGGUGAUGAAGGAAACACUGGCUGCUUCUUCCAUAUGCCCAUAGAUUGCUGCAUACAGGCAUUUUUGCGUACAGCAGUGGUUGGUGGCAAUAGGCAUCUUGGUCCAAAUUCAAGUAACCUGGUAUACUAGCAGAAGCCAGCAAAGGACUGCCCCCAGCACCACAGUGCUCACCGCCAUGCCUCUUCCCAAAAUCUUCUCUGGAGGUUCAGGAGAACCCCCAGAACAACACAAGGGGUGGGGGAGAUCAUUCAUCCAGGCAAGCAGAAAUGCUUUCGCUGAUGGAAUGAUCAUGUUAGCACAGCAUUGAACUCCAUCCCUUGUUUUGGGGGACACUGAACAGACUCCAGUGUCAUAUGGUCUACUAAUCACACUGUAACUUAUGAAACGAUGGACACUACAUAUAAUACCUGGCUUUCUGGAAGCUGCAUGUCCAUCCCACAGUAGAGAAACCUUUUCCAGCAAUAUAUACAUAUAUAUAGAGAGAGAGAGAGAGAAUUCCCUGGGGUAUGGGCCAUAAGAGUACAACUUAAUUUCAGCUGCUUUAAAGCCUUUAUAAUACAGUUGUAGCCUUGGGGCAUUGGUCUUCAACUCAUGGGUGAGGGCCCACUACCAGGUUGUGGCCUGAUCUAAGGUGGGUCACAUCACUACCACUAGCAUCAUAUGUACAGACAUGGCAACAAUAAAGCAAUAUGUCCUCAGACGAGUGAAAACAUUGAAGACUACUAUCUUAGAAAAGUGAGGAUAGUUAGUACUGUCAGCAACAGUGUUCCUGUGAACCGUUACCAUGUACCCUGUCCAUUUAAAAUGCCAUUCUCAUGAAGAUAAGGAUGCAGCUUCUUUUAGUGGUAGCUUCUAGUCAUUUGACCUGUUUGUUUGGUUGGUUGUUUUGCAGAACAUUUCUGACUUGUGGGCUAUGGUGAAGCAAAUGACUGAUGUUUUGCUGGUUCCUGCAAGUGAUGCACUGAAGGUCCGGACAAGCAUGGAAGUGCAGAUGGAGUUUGUCAAGCAGGCCCUCCAGUACCUCGAGCAAAGGUAGUGCAGCAAAAUAGUUAGAACUCAGGAGCUUUCAUUUGUUGUUACAGAUGCCUACAGAUGUAAUAGUGCUUCCGAAAGAUCUACCACCCAUUCAUAUAUUAACUGAAAAUGCAAUGCAAGGAAGAUGUAUACAUGUAACUGUUUUUUCUGAUCUGUCCUUCACAUGUUGUGCUUUCAUACCCCAAGUGUCCUCUAUAAGCGUUGCCACCUCAGUACCAAAGAAACCAGACUUGGAACAAUGGAACAUGGUUGCAAUAUCUGAUCCUGGGUGGGUGGGUGGUGGAAUCUUCCAGCAUGCAAGGAAGCUGACUGGAACUGGGAUCCCUUUAAUGGGUGGAAGGGAUGAACCUUUCACUCAUGUCCUUCCCCCAACAGCCAAGCUGGGUAAACUAUAGCCGUGCUCAAUGCACUCAUGUAGCUGUCACCACACCCCUUUGUCACUCUCUGACUCCAGAGAGGAGUGACCUCUGGAGACCCCAAAGAAAUAACCACAGCAGGGAGCAGGGGAUAGCACCUCAUGUACCUCUCUAUUCCCCAAGACCAGGGUGACAUACUUUUCAGAACAGAACAUUGAAACAAAAGAAACGGUUCAAUCCAAUUGUAGCUAGCCUAUUUUAGCUGCUUAUAAAAAGGCUUCUGGAAACCUCAAAUAUGGAAUAAUCUCAUUGAUGGGCUAGUGUGAUUAGGGUCACAGGACUGUGUAACGACAGCCUGCUGUUAGGAGUUUAACCAUCAGGAUUAACCAGGCGAUCCCAGUGCAGUCCCAGGACAGAGAUGGGAAACACUCAAGAUGGCCAUAAACUGGAAAUAAGCCACCCUGGUGAAAAGAGCAACAUUAUUCGAACUCUGGGACAUGACUGUUUCAUUUGCAGAAAAUGGAGGGCUAGGGAGAGAGAACAGUCUUAAAGGAACAGGUUGGGGACAGCUAAGUUGUGCAGCACAAUCCCCUCUCAAAUGCUAUUCCUGUGGUUUGUAUACUCACCAUAAAGCUGAGUGGAAUCCAUCACCUGGCGUAGCUCAUUAAGGUGGGAAAUGUAAGCUUAUAUUUAAAUACUUCUUUAAAACUAUGUUAAGUAUGUUAAGUAAACAUGCAACUGUGUGAGACGAAUUAUGAUUCAGAAAUGGAUGGUUCCUUACAGUUACAAGAACUACACGUUAGUGACAGUCUUUGGAAACUUGCACCAAGCCCAACUGGGAGGGGUACCUGGAACCUACCAGCUAGUCCGCAGUUUCCUGAACAUCAAACUCCCAGUGUCUGUCCCAGGACUCCAGGUAGGUAUCUCCACGGCCAAGGUGUUCUGCCAUGACUGUAUUCAACUAUUCAGAUCAUUCUGGAUCUCUUAACCCAUGCAUAAAUUUGGGGGCUGGGUAGGGGGUUGUCAUGUAUGCCAAGAACAGAGCAUGAGAAAGGUAAUUCUUUGCAGUUGGUUAUGGGGAAGGGCUGUGGCUAGUUAAUUUUUUAAAAAAAGAAAAUAAUAUGGGUUGUAUUCAGUGGUGUUCUGUGAACAGCAAGGAUAUCUGAAUCUAGCAGAAGUUUCAGUGAGUGGGAGAGGCAAUUUUCACUGCUUCCUUCUGCAGCCCCCUUUGCCACCUUCCAGACUGUUCCACAGCAUCCCCCAGCCCUCCAGAACAGAUUGUGUGUCUGUUGUGGCGGAUAUGUGUAUAUGUGCAAGGGUAGCUAUCAUGGUUUCCUCCAGGUAUUUUGGAUUCCAAAUUCCCUCAUCCUUCACUAUUGACAUUGCUAGCUGAAAAUUAUUAUUAUUAUUAUUAUUAUUAUUAUUAUUAUUAUUAUUAUUUGUUCCCCGGCCAUCUGACUGGGUUGCCCCGGAACAUCUGGAGGGCACCAUGUCAUCUACACUUUGUGUACAGAUGGGCCUGAAAUCUGCUAAAAUUCCCUCCCUCGCUGCCAUUCCUGGUAGGCUCAGUUAAAUUAAAGAUGCUUCCAUGAAUGUACAAAGGAAUAUCUUGCAUGUAGAAAUCUAGCAUGUCAGGAAUGAAGCAAGGCUAUCCAUGCACAGGGGAUUGUUUUGUGUGGAAGAGCAUUCAGUCAUUACCUGCAGCCUGAAGCAGGACACCCCAAACAUAGGUUUCUCACCUGUGGGAACUGGACCAUAAUCACAACAUCAAGAAAGGUUUCCUCUCUGUUUUUACCAUUUAUCUGUUUUCUUUAGGAUGGGGAAGUAGAAGGUCACCCUGUUUGGGCAAUAAUUUACUACUGCAUGCGAUGUGGCGACUUAAUGGCAGCCUUGCAAGUGGUGAAUCGAGCUCAGCACCAGUUGGGAGAAUUUAAAAGUUGGUUCCAGGAAUACAUGCACAGCAAAGAUAGAAGGUACUGGGAUGUCUCAAAAAGAGGCCAAGAAAGUGUGUGGGAUGGGUCAGGGAGUCUACUUUGAAGUGCAUCAUAGAAUUUCAAGGGAGCUGGGAGCUUAUCAAUCUAUCCUCCUAAGGUUUUUGCUUGAACUAGUAAACCCUUAUGAAUUGACACAUGUCUUCUCGGCUGGAAAGGCUGAUGUUAACAUUGCCCAUUUUUAGUUGCAUGUGGCAAGUUCAGUGCUUUAAGUUCGUGGAUACAAAGCUGUUGCUUUUGUUGCUCUGCUGGGCUCCUUACACCUACAUUGCACCCAGUGUUGGAUGUGAGCAACACACACAGGGCCAGUGUGGGUCGAUCAACUGGCGCACUGGUAGGAGGGGCCUGUCUUAUUGCGGGCUGUAAGCUGGGCCACAGCUCCAUUUAAUAACUUGUCUUUCUUUUAUUGUAGAUUGUCUCCUGCCACCGAGAACAAAGUUCGCCUCCACUACAGACGAGCCCUGAGAAACAACACCGACCCUUACAAAAGAGCGGUUUACUGUAUCAUAGGAUGCUGCGACAUUGCCGAUAACCACAGUGAAGUUGCUGAUAAAACAGAAGAUUAUCUUUGGCUAAAGGUAACGGUGGCUUCCCUUCAAAGUUUUAGAGAUAGCACUGCUCACUAUACUUCCAAUUCCCCCCUCAUUUGAACACUGCCUUCCUCUGGAGAAUACCCUCUUAUGUAUCCCAGCUCCCACCAGUGAGUUGCAAAGGAUUAUGAGAACUGUGGCCUGCUGUGUUGCCAGUUCUCCAGGGGAGUCUUCUUCACUCUAUGCAUUUGGGGAGCAGGUCAAAACAGCCUUGUUUAGGUGUGCUUUUUCUGACUUCUGAUGUGCUUCUUUCCGAAUUUUGAUAUUUUUUGUUCACUUUGAGGGUUUUUCUUUCCUUCUGCUGAAGUUUAUUUGUUGAUAAAUUGUGUUAGAUUUUACUUUCCACUUAGAUGUGUUGUAUUAGGUCAGGCAUAGGCAAACUCGGUCCUCCAGAUGUUUUGGGACUACAUCUCCCAUCAUCCCUUGCUAACAGGACCAGUGGUCAGGGAUGAUGGGAGUUGUAGUCUCAAAACAUCUGGAGGGCCAAGUUUGAGUAUGCCUGUAUUAGGUGUUCAGAGGGUCUGAUUUACGCUGGAAGAAUCAGGAUACAAGCAGAUCUAUAAAUAAAAGAACUGGUGAAGAUCCAGUCCCGGGCUAAAUUAUUUCCAGAUAUGAUCUGUAAGGUAUUAACACAAUCUUCCCAGGCAAAAUAGUGGUGCCAUUGUCAUUUUCAAAAUAAAGGCUUUCAACAUCAGACCAAGUGUCUUGUUCCAGCUGGACGUGAGACUCAGGGAGGAAGCCCAGGACCUUUCAAAUUAGGGUCUCAUCAGGCAAAGGCAGAGUCAUAUCAGGAAUGUGAACAGAGGAUUAUUGGGAGCGUUUCCCUGUAUAACAGGGAUGGGGAAUCUGUGCCCCCCUCCCCACUCCAAGAUGAUGUUGGACUCCAACUCCCAUCAGCCUUAGCCAGCAUGGCCAAUAAUCAGGGGUUAUGGGAAUUGUAGUCCAGCAACAUUUGGAUGGCCACAGGUUCCCCAUCCCUGCUUAACACACUGUUGUCUCAGCAGAAGCCUAAAAAAGGCUGGCCUGUCUAGUCGUCUUGUUAGGAUGUGGAAAACUGAGGCUGAGAGAGAAGUCACUUGCCCAAAGCUAUCUUGCAAACCCAUGGAUGAGGUAGAAUAUGUGGCUGUGCCUCUCAGAUUCAGGAUCACUUGCACAUUUUGUUCGCAUAGAUGGUUUACCUGAUUUUAUUUUGAUUGGUGGCAACCUUUGUUUGCUUUUCACUUGUUUGACUUUUGAAGAGAAGCUUUUUGUUGCAUGCAAGGAAAGCCUUAGCAUCACUUUCUCCCUCUUGUGUGUAGCUGAACCAGGUGUGCUUUGAUGAUGAUGGCUCCAACUCUCCCCAAGACAGGCUGACAUUGUCUCAGUUCCAGAAGCAAUUGCUUGAAGAUUAUGGUAAGUUAACCCAGAGACUGUGAGUGAGUGAUAUUUGAAGUUCUGUAUAUGUAUGCACGCCUGGUAGUUUUUGUAAAAUAAAGGCAGUGCAAAAAGUCGAGACCUUGAGUUAGAACUCCCAUCAUCUUUGACCACUGGUCCUGCUGGCUAGGGAUGAUGGGAGAUGUAGUCCAACAACAGCUGGAGACAAGUUUGAGAAACAUUGAGUUAUAACCAUUUAAAAGGUGGACAAGCCAACUUAAAUAGUUAAGGGUGCCUGAGAAAUUGGUAAUUCAUGACUUGAAUUACUGGCAUGUGAAUCUGACAUUACUUGUAUUGUUUUAAUAAAUGUUUAUAAUUUUAUAAACGGUCAACCACCUUGAACAUUUUCAGGCGGGGGGGGGGGUUAAGCAAUACAUAAUAUUGCUUCCUCUGCUACUUUACUUUUUAUUUUAACUUUUCUCUAAAUAAUCAUAGGUCGAUUUGGUGCAAUGCAAACAAUGUUUUAUUUUGUGACUACCGUAGUUUCCUUCAGCUUCCCCUGAUUAAAACACGCCAGUGUGCUGUGUUAGGCCCCAUCCAUGCUAGCUGUGAAAAUACCUAACCCUUCAUUCUUGUGUCUUUCUUCAGGCGAGUCACAUUUUGCAGUGAACCAGCAGCCAUUUCUCUACUUCCAAGUGUUGUUUCUGACGGCCCAGUUUGAAGCUGCCAUUGCUUUCCUCUUCCGCACAGAGCGCCUGCGCUGCCACGCCGUUCAUGUUGCCUUGGUCCUCUUUGAACUAAAGCUGCUCCUGAAAUCUUCUGGGCAGAGCGCACAGCUUUGUGAGUCUGGAUUGUGUUUAUCCUGUCCUUUCCCCAUCUCAUUCGUAUCCUGCACAGAAUAUAAAAGAAACCAUCAGAGCAGGAGACUGCAAUAGGGCAGAAAUUUGUAAAAAAAAAUGUUAGCUUAAAAAAAAUGGAUUAAUUGCUUGAUUGCAAAUGAGAAAUUGUGCCCAGAUCAAUGAAAUGAAGAUCUUUUGGACCUAACCUGGUUAGAGAAGGGACAUAGCUCGGUUCUCUCAGUGACCAACCAGAUAAAUGCUUCAGGGAAACCUACAAUCAGUAUAUGUGCGCAACAGCAGUUUCCACACGUAAUCCCCAGCAGCCAUUAUUCAGAGGCAUUUACUGCCUUUGGCACUGGCAUUAGAACACAGCAGUCAUGACUACUGGCCAUUGGUAGCUUUAUUCUCCAUGCAUUUAUCUAAUCCCUUGUUAAAAGUGUCCAGGUUGCUGGCCAUCACUACGUCUUAUGGCAGCAAGUUCCAAAUGCUCUGGGUGAAGAAAUGCUUCCUUUUACCUGUAACGAGUCUUCCAAUAUUCAGCUUUAUUGGAUCAUCUGUCCACUUUCUCUACAUCCUUUAUGAUGUUAUACUCCGCUAUCGUGUCCCCUACCCAGCCCCUCCUCACCAUUUUUCUAUGCCAAAAGCCACCAAAUACAGGAACCUUUCCUCAUAGGAGUAUUGUUCCAAGGUAAACGGCGUUUCCAUGUUGUCUGGCACUUCUCACAGUGUCCCGUUGCACCAGAAGCCAUUUAGCCAUGCUGGCCACAUGACCCGGAAAGCUGUCUGCGAACGAACAUUGGCUCCUUCGACCUGAAGCGAGAUGAGCGCUGCACCCCAUAGUCAAGUUUGACUGGACUCAGCCGUCCAGGGGUCCUUCACUUUUAUCCUUUACCUUAUUGUUCCAACCCUGCAGUGAUUUUUGGUUGUCCUCUUCAGAACAUUUUCCAGCUCUACAAUUUUUGCACUUGGUGGUCCAGCCCUUUGAUAAAGUUCCUUUAUUCAAAGUGCUUGCCUGUGGUUAAUCCCUGCAGACAUAAUGAACAUCUUUCAUAUGAAUGUUGCCUUGCUUGGGGGAAAAGAGAGAUUCAUCUUCCUGUCCCUUCACUUUUCAGUAAGCCAUGAGGCAGGUGACCCUCCAGCCAUCAGACGCUUGAAUUUUGUCCGCCUGCUGAUGCUCUACACCCGCAAGUUUGAGUCCACUGACCCUCGAGAAGCCCUGCAGUACUUCUACUUUCUCAGGUGGGCUCCUGUAGCAGCAGCUUGAAGGCUGGGGUGUUUUUUUAACAGCUGCUGUGUUAAAAGCAUAGCAGGAAGCAGUCAAACUGCAGUGCUUUUCUUCCUUUCUGCUCUUCUUUUGCAGGAAUGAGAAGGACAGCCAAGGGGACAACAUGUUCUUGCGCUGUGUGAGCGAACUAGUGAUUGAGAGCAGAGAGGUAAGCCAGGUUCCAGUUGCACCUUUUCCUUCCUUAGUUUAGGGUGGAAAUCACCCUUCUUCCAGUGCAGCAGUGGAACCCCAUCACCAGGGGUGUUAAAUCCUUAAAUCACAAUAUUGCAGUCAUCCCCCAGAGUGUUAGCACACCCUCCUAACUUUAUUUUGUUUUUCCUUUUCAUCGGUAGUUUGAUAUGAUUCUUGGAAAGCUGGAGAAUGAUGGCAGUAGAAAAGUAAGUUCAUAUAUAAUGUUUCACCACCCCACCCCCACUACUAUUUGAUUGCUGGCUGUAAUUAUUGUUUUUGCAGGUUCCCUGUUGGUUUUUCAGUAUUGAAAUUAAUUUCUGAAACUUAAACACGGUUAUGGUAAACCAGGGUUCUUCUUAACCCAGGUUCUAAACUGCAGUUUCAAAUCUGUCCCGGUUAACCUCAACAGCAGUUACAGUGGGUGUCAUAAUUCCCAAAGUUUCCAAGGCCUACAGUCUGUGCUGGUCUUUAGCCACCCAAAUAAGCAGCUUUUUGUGCCUCAGAUAAAUACGCAGGAGAUUAUUCAGACAGCUCAGCAUUACAGGAUGAUAGAAAGAAACAAUUAGCACAGGUUAGGGAACUAAACCCAGAAAAAGGACAGGUGUGUUCCUUCAGGCUUUUCAGAUACCCCUCCACCUCCUAUUAGUGAAGGGAAAAGAAAACUAGUAUGAAGGGGCAGAUCAAGAGAAAGCCCUUCCUCCUCAAUCUUCUGAUAUCCCACCAGGGAAAAAUGUGAGGGAGGUAGGGGUGUGUGUGUGUGUGUGUGUGUGUGUGUGUGUAUUAUGGUUCCCAGCUAUGGUUCUCCUAACCUUAGAGACUUACUCAAAGGGCCUGACGGUAACUUAAAUCAAAUAGUGCCAACAUAUUCUGUCCCUACAAUGGCCAUAAUUCCACCUUGCCCUGUAGCCCCCGCAGGCAGAGACCAAAGAGUGAUUUUAGAAUCAGGAAGGGAGGAAAGGCAAUGGCAUUUGCUUUCUGAUACUGAGAAACUCGCCGCCACAAGAUUGUUAACAGAUUUAGAUUACCAUCUGAAUCUAGACACAAAAUUGUGUAUUUAUAUGUACCUUUAAAAUCCAUAAAUAAGAAUAAAGGGGGGGAAGGAUGGAAGGCAAGGGGUGAGGAAGGAAUCUCUAUAUUUUCCCAGAGAUAAUUUACAAAUAAAAUUAGCCAUAAUCUUGAAUACAAAAAUGUUGUUGCCAGUUGAAUAAGACUCAUCUAAAAGUUUAUAGUAUUUCUGUUGUCCAAGUAUUUUAUCUCCCUUCUUUAUUUGUAUUCUUUCAUCAGCCUGGAGUGAUUGAUAAGUUUACUAGAGACACCAAACCACUUAUUAAUAAAGUUGCUUCAGUGGCAGAAAGUAAAGGUCUCUUUGAAGAAGCUGCCAAACUUUAUGACCUUGCCAAGGUAAGCAGGUUUUCAUCACUGCUGGCCAAGAAGCUCGUUUAAUUUUUAGAUCAGUAGGGAUUAGCUAGGAGGCAUUGUGGACUCUGGAAAUGUGACCUGAAUUUACAACACUAGGGCCAGCUGCAGCCUCUGAAUCAAAGUAUGCUUAUUUUUUUUCUUUAGUUAUCUGGCCCUGUAUGUUUCUGGCCUUUGUUUUAUCUGGCCUUUCAGGAUUCCUUCUGUGCACCACUCUGAAUAGUUAAUCUUUGUAGAAAGGUUCACAGGAUUGGACCACCAGAUAGUAAUAUCUAGUUAGUAAUGGCAAUGUGAAAGUUAUCAACUAAUUAGCAGUUUAGCCAUGUCAGAUUGAAGAAUAGCAGAGCAACACACAACAGUUAUCAGAGCACUACAGGAAAAUUAUUGGAACAGUGUCAGCUCAAAGGGGUUUUAUUUAGAUCUGUUUUUCCUCCAACAUCGGCACCCCUCCCAAUUUCAUAUGCCAAACUGCCUUUGAAGCUGGAUUAGCUGCUCAAUGGAAAGAAGGUCAAAAGUGCCACUGGGUUAGUAGAAGUCCCUCGGGUGAGUCAAAGCAGCUCUUUGGACUCCAGCCUCAACUGUGUGCUGAAAAUAAAACAAAUUUUUGCACAGUCCAGAUGCUGUGCAAACAUGAGCUGGAGUUUGUGACCUGUAUCAGUUAUAGAUUUUUCCUAUGCUGUUUUGGCAUAGUUGUUUUUGGUUUUGCUUGAGAUGAGAGGGACAAGGGCACUGAAGCCCCAGCCAUUGAAAUUCCCACUCAGCUGCUUCUCUGUUUUCUGAGACUUCACCAGACCUAGGAUGAGAAAAGGACAAGAAACUACAUUUGUUUGUUUAUUUUUUAGAGAAAGUGGAGGCUCUCAGGGAGCAGAGCAGUACUACUACUCCUGUGCUAUUCCUCCACUCCCUCCACAUGGCAUGGAUGAUGCCGUAGAUCAGGAGCCAAGAACCCAAGAAAGUUGCAUAGUCAGGGCUAAUCUAUUGGGAGUCACAUGCUGUCAUUGGGGCAGAGGGAGGACUGGAAUCCAAAAUAGAGGGCCCUCAUUUCUCUCUUCCAUUUCUAUCACACACAUGCACACACACAUACAUCUUCCUCUCCACCACAGGAGGGCCACAGGUUCCACCCCUACCACAACCCAAAUGUAUUUCUUAAGACUUCUUCCAUGUUCUCAUACAUUGCUUUUGCUGCUGAAGAUCUCAGUUUUUCUUGGGAGUUUCUACAUUUUACCAAAAAAAGUCUCCCCCUGCCCCCUACCCCUACCCUGGCCUCCCUUGGUUCUGUAUCUUUGAAAUGCAUCUUCUUGUCUCGGGGCUCUACAGUUCUUUUCUUCCCUGUUUGCACUUUCCUCAGAAUCCAGACAAAGUGCUUGAGUUGAUGAACAAGUUGCUGAGUCCCGUGGUCCCUCAGAUCAGCGCUCCUCAGUCAAACAAGGAGAGGCUGAAGAAUAUGGCACAUUCCAUUGCUGAGAGGUGAGAGAACAGCCUCCAGGAGGGGAACUGAGUUUCAUGGCCAUGGUCACUGUAGCUUGAGAAAUACCUUUAAUGAUGAGUUUGUUGAAAAGACACAUGGCUUGGAUGUGUCCCACACUGCUUUUUGUUGCUGUGCAUUUUCAGCAUUCAAUCCUGCACACUCGCCGUGUGUGUGUGUGUGUGUGUGUGAAUGUGUUAUAUGUGUGUGUGAAUUUAUGCCAUUAUCAAAACUGGAGAGGAGAAAGUCCACAGGAGAGUGAAUCUAGAAAUAUAAUCUGAACAGUUUUAUACUUAAUUCAGUAAUUCUCCAACUCCGUUCUGUAAUGAAUGAAUGAAUUAAAGACUUUUGUCAGUCCAUAGAACCUACCCACAGAGGAGGAGGUUCCCACACAAGCUGCGGAAAGCCUGUGUUCUUCUUCAGUGUCCUGGCUCCUCCCAUUUAUUUCACCAACAGGCAUGCAAAUCAAGCUAAGUUUCACCCCUUCUGGUGGAAGGAGCUCCCUGUCAAGUUCUGAUCCUGCCUGCUCCCCAUAGAGUUGCUGUGCCCCUCUGUCCCCUUGCCCACUCCAUUGCCAUCAGCUCAAAGCAGGGGCAGUCCAAAGUUAUCUUCCACAUGUGUUGCAUGCAGUAGAUCGCAAAUUCUACAUUUCCAGCUUAAAAAAAAAAGUCAGAAAGCAGGUGAUGUGAAAGAGUCAGUACCAAGAUAGAUCUGGCAUAAAGUAACUUCAUGUGUUUCUCCCUCCCUUGAAUCAGCUGGGUAGGGUGGCAACUCUAGUUUUCUCCACCAUGGUUGUGAGUUGAUCUGCAGUCCCCAAGCAGGUAACUCACUGAGCAAGGGUGUUGCAGAAGGGUGUGUGCAUGGCACAGCUCCAGCCUAGGGCCAGUGAAUCCAGCAGCAGAGAGACUAGAACUCCUUGGCCCUCCUGUCAGCUUGAAGCCAUGAAGUCACUGGUUGGCCCCUGGGCAGUUCUGUAAUUUCAGCCUCAGUUCCUCCCUGCAGGCUGCAGUAUGGAGAGAACAAGAUUAACCGUCCUUACAGGGUUGCUGGGCAAAUUGCUGAGAGAAUGUGUGGGAAUUAGUUUGAACCACUAUGUAAAUGCAAAAUAUACUCAUUCUAGGGGAAAUGUCCUUUCCUGAAAGCUCAGCUGCCUGUAGUUAGCAAGUGUUGCACACAUAUAGUACUGCAGCCUUUUCUCAGAUUGGAUGUGACUUGUUUUGGUUUGGUUUUUUUCAGAUAUAAAGCACAGGGAAUAAGUACAAAGAAACCCAUUGACUCCACAUUCUACCUCCUGUUAGACCUCAUCACCUUUUUUGAUGAAUAUCAUGCUGGUCACAUUGACAGGGCCUUCGAUGUAAGUUUCAAGUUUUUUGUUUGAGAAGAUAAAGCUACUGGGAUCUGCAGUUUCACGAGCCCAACAAGGAAUAUGUAAAUAGCCUUGGACACUCACAAACAAGGCAUGAUGGAGAUGGCACUGCCUCCUGAUUGCUUUUCUUGUGGUCCUGUGCUUAUGUAGCCCAAGAAAGCUGGUGUAGUAGAAAUAAAGGGGCAUGGAACUCCAGGACUGGGACCUCUGGGAAAAUCCAGUGAGCAUGAAGCAGGCAAGAGAGCAAGCCCUUACAGCAGGUUGUGGGGAAUCUGUUGCUGGACUUCAUCUCCCAUCAGCCCUGACCAUUGGCCAGGCCAGCUGGGGUUGGUGGGAGUUGGAGUUCCCAUCCAUGCCUUACAAGCAUAGAGCCAAUGCUGGCAAAUGUACUUACGGCUGACGGUUGUGAAGCCUGACCUGAAAGUUGUUAAAAUGCUACCAGGUCAGAGGUAACCAAUGAGCUACCUGGAUGGAUGUACUCUCUCCAGCAUCUGAGCAGGCAUCACAGCCCGCAAAUCCUUCUGAACUACAGUCUCAGGUGUCAGCACUGAUCUGAAUGCUCCUGGUUCUAGUCCUUUCCACUCCUAACAAUCUCUGGUGCUUUAUAUACGAAGGUAUACUUUCUUGGAAUAUGGAGAUUCUGUUUUUGGCUGUCAUGUCUAGCUCCUUUUAAAGACAUGGUCUUCCAUGAAUUUGGUUUAAUCCUUUAAAAAAAAAAGCCACCUGGUUAUCACAAACCGUAGUCAAGUAGGUAAAGCUGAUCUGGGUCUGUUCAACUGCAGAUAGCAGGUGGAAUUGAAGGUGACACGUAUUUUAAUGCUUUUUCUAUAUUGAAAAUAAGAAACAAACUCCUAGCUGAGAAAAAGAUGGAUUCCAUCUCUUCCCCUUUCUCCAUAGUGUGCUAGUUUGCUCUGUGCUACAGGAAAUGGUUUUUCAUGAUGGAGUGUUUCAGUCCGAUUCCCCUGAAGUGGUUCAGACUGUUGUGCCUUCCCUACUUAGUGCCUUUCAGGUGUUUUGGACUGCAGCUCCUAUCAGCUUCAGCCAGCCUGGCCAUUGAAGAAGGCUGCUUUAUCACUGGAUAAAAUGAUCACUGUUCAAUACUCCACCUUGCGCUAUGAAUGCUCUUUGUUUUGCAUUUGGGGGGUGGGGAAUCCUCAGGGAUUUCCUUGAACACCUUUUAAAGAUUAACAAUGCAUUGAUGUAGCAACAGUGCAGUCUCUAUGAAGUGCUGCUUUUCUGAUGAUCACCAGGAACUUAAAUGAGAGAAUUUUCCUGAUCUUAGGCCCAAUAAAGAGGACAACUAAGUGGUCCUUAGCACAGUAUUUCUGGUGGUAGAUUUGCAUAGUUUAAAGACCUGUUAUAUGCUAAAACUUGCCAAUUAGUAUGCGCUCACAAGGUAUAUACUAGGGUACAUACAGAAGUUUGGUUCAGAGCUUAAAUUAAACUAUGCACUCAGUGCAAAAGAAUAGCGUGUGUGUGUGUGUAAGGAAAAGUGACUGAACACAGAAAAAGAUAUUGCACACACAAACUGCCUGCAAAUUGUCAUCUCCCUUCAUGACAGUCCAUUGUUACUCCUGUGCUUUCGUUACAGAUCAUGGAGCAGCUGAAACUGGUCCCCCUGAGUCAAGAAUAUGUGGAGGAAAGAGUAGCAGCCUUCAGGAAUUUCAGUGAUGAAGUAAGCAAUCCACGGCUGUUUGGUCCUUCCCCUUUUCUUCCAUGAGUUGCGCACAUCCAGGCACCUCUGCCAUGGGGACCUGCAGAGGCUGUGCUUGGGGGAUCCCUUUCCUAUUCUCAGGAUGCAUCUUCCUUCCCCUUCUCCGCCAGUGCCACUGACAAGAACAAGUGUGCAAUCCAACAGACGCUGCAUAGUUCCUGGCACUGAGGAUCAGCGAGUGUAAGGGGGGGGCUUCACCCAUGCCAGUGUCAUUCUCUGUGAUCCUCCUUAUGUGGUGCCACACCUGACAGGAAGCUGCUGCAGGUCCCAAAACAUUGAUUCCAAAUUGAAGCUCACGUGUAUUUAGCUGGAAGUAGGAAAAACUCUCCUGGAGAUGCUGUAACUUAGCUUCUUCUGCCACCUUGAGAGAGGUGGAAUCAUUCCCCUCCAAAACAUAAUUGCUGUGUUUCAGAGUGGCAGGAGGUCUUGCUGUUGUGGAGUCCCCAAGCAGGGAAUGGGUUCCCCCUUUCCCCUUCAGUGCCAUGAAAUGCUCUGCAUGCUGAUCCUCAUUUCCCAGCACCAAAGAGAGAAAGGGGAAGAGCUGCCUUACUUGUGUAGUUACUUUCAUGCCAGAGCAUUUGUUUUGGGUCAAAGAUGUGAACAAGCUCUGUUUGCACUCUGCGUUUAUGUUUGAAAUCUGAUGUCCCAGCAUGAUACUGGUUUGGGGAACCUCAGUCCCCAUAUAUUGAUUCUGUUCCUGUGUCAAUUUAUUAUGGAAUUCUCUUUUUUUAAAGGGAAAUAUUUGUUUUGUUGUCAGGUUGAGCCUCCUGCAAAACACAGCCUAAAUGGGACUGAUAACAUCCUGAUGCCUUUCUGUCAAUAGUAAUAUUGUUGGGGUGGGUGGCAAAUCUCUUCCUCUUGCUUAAAGAGGUGGAAUCGAAAGUUACCUCCAAUCUUUCAAACACAUCUUAAAGAGGGCUUGUCGAUAAGGUAAUUGGUUCAUGCUGCAAAGUGAACUUGGAAAUCAAAAGACUGGAUGGAUGAAUGGCAGCCAGGGGCAGUGGAGAGGGGUUGUUUUGUUUUUGGCUUCUAGCCUCAGAACAUAUUGAUUUCCAGAGUCAUCCAUUUUGUCAGCUUUCAGCCAAAAGCUGCUUAUCAUUCAUCAGUUGCCUCUGGGCUGCUUGGUCACAAAAACCAACACAGCAAUUUGGCAUUGUGGGACUCAGCUCUUGAUCAGUACACUAAUCCUGGCUCAAAACUCUCACCCUUCAGUGAAAAGAUGAAUUUCCUGCUUCUCAUUCCUUGAUGAUUAGUGAGUGAAUGAAGUGUGCUUUCUUCUUGACCUUUUUUAAAAAAGAAAAAGAAAGAUGAACACAUCCAAUUUUACCCCAACUUUAUUUAAUCCAAGGUUUAUUUCUGGAAUUCUAUAGUAUCAGCACUUGAUUUCUAUCAUCUACUUGUGCAGCAAUUCUUAGUUUACAAGAAUGCUUUAAAAUUCUUAUUCCUUAGUUUAUCAUUUAUCUUAACUAUUCUUCAGACUCUGUUCCAGGGCACACCAGGAUUUCCCAGAAGCUUGUCUGGGGUUCCCCAAUGCAAAGAUCAGGGAUGAUAGAUAAGAUUCCCCAAAAGACAUCUUGCCCCUCCCUGCCAGUCUCCCCAUGCAAGAUGAAUCUGCAGGAGGGUGUUGGAUGCCUCCACAAGGGCAUGUUCAGUUCACCCUUGGUGUGUUAACUGGAAAGGAUCUACAGAGGGCAGAAGUGAGCUGCAAUAGACCUACCCUGUACCCGACAUAAACUGCAUCUGCACCCCAGCAUGUCCCAGAUCUUUUGCAAUUUGCACAGGGAAAGCUGGGAAACUGUCCAUUAAUCACAUAAGUAUAUUCCUGUGUGUCUAGUUUUCUCAAGCCUUGUUGAUUGAAUGUGGUGUAUCAAGAAAGUUCAAUACCCGGUUUGACUACCUGUGGGGCACAAAUUGACCCUUGGCUUCCUGCCUUGUCUUUCAUUCCUUUUUGCAUUUUAUUUUCCUUGUUUUCACAGAUCAGACACAAUCUGUCAGAGGUCCUCCUUGCAACAAUGAAUAUUUUGUUUACCCAGUACAAGCGGUUGAAAGGCACCAGCCCAGCCACCCCUGCCAGACCCCCUCGUGUCAUGGAGGACCGAGAUUUGGUAAGCUUCUCUUCCCUCAAUCCCAUAAGAUGCUGUGUAGGUGGAGAACCUGUGCUCCUCCUGAUGUUGUUUGACUCCAGCUCCCAUCAGCCCCAGCCAGCUUGACCCAAUGGUCAAGAACGAUAGGAGCCAUAGUCCAGCAACAUUUACCUGGAGAGCCACAUGAUCCCCAUUCUUGCUGUAGGCAGGUAAAAACAAGACUAAUCAUGGUAGGCAAUGUUGCAGGCCCAGAGUGUUAGUUAUGGCAUUUAUAAUAACAGUAACGAUUAUAUUUUAUUACUGCUUCACGGAGAGAGAACUGAGAAAUUACAACUAGCGAGGCACACGAAAAGAUCCCUGCUCCGAAUCUAAUCCUAUCCUUGGACCACACUGGCACAUGUGAAUGCUAAGAAAGCUUCCUGAGCUUAGAUGCCUGUCUUGAAAGGCAAGCCCACCUUAUUGUUUCUGGGGCCAGGAUAAGCCUGCUUUCCCUUUGCUGGGGAGGCAGACCAAAAAAGUGAAUUGGCAAAGGUCAUGCCAUGAAUGCAUCUGAAGUUUGCACCUUUGGCAGCACUGGAAGAGUCCUCUCUUUAGAAACUCCCAUUCACAGCAGGGUUUGGGCCCAUGGAAAGGUCCCCUCCUCUGGGCACGUGGAUUAUUGUUUCAUGUCAUACCCUUGUGUUCACACAACUUCACUCCCUUUCUUUCUUUAGAAACUCUGUUUCAACUGAUUUAGAGAUGGGGACCCAAAGGAGGUGUUUUCCUGUCCCAUAUGCCCACAUUGUGCCCAAACCUUACUAGUUUGGAAGUUUGGAAACACCACCUCAUCCACACUUGACUUUUUUUCUGCCUGUUAAGUCUUGAAUCAAAUGGAUAUCCGUAAAAGGUAGUACUAAGAGAAUACAAAUCCAGCCAUUUCAGUGUCAUUGCAGGUCAUAACAAUCGUGUUUAUUUGCUUUGGGAUUUUUACUGGCGCCAAAGGGCAUUCUCAUGCCCCCUUGAGAAAGGAAAGGGAAAGUAAUUGGCACUGAAGGCAUUUGGGAGGUACCAGCCGAGGUAUUUGGGUGGCUCCUGCUUUUGAUUAAAUAAUUUAUAACAAAUGGAACACCUGCACCUCCAGGCCUCCUUUAACCUCGGUAGAGAGGGCAACAGCAAUUCAGUUCUAAAUUGUUUUCCACAAACAAGGACGGGAAGAAAGGGGCUCCACCAGCCAUGCCAAUCUGUCCCCGAAGGCCUUUGAGGGCAAUGGUAUUUUCAGUCUCCAAACAGAGCUGCUGCAUCAUAAUCUUCUACUGCUUAUUUGUUAGAAGUUGCUCAUAACAUAUUGUUUUAUUUCAUAAAAUUUAUAUACCACUUGGUUUGAAUUUUAAAAAGCCUUCAGAUUCAAAGAUUACAGAGAAAUAGUACUGAUGGUCAUCAGCAUUCUGAUGGCACCUUCCACUCAAAUGCCUGAUGGCAACUUCCAGUGGCAUGUAGAUAUUAAAUAGCACUGGGGGGCAGAGUAGUGCCCUGUGGCACCCUAUAGCAUAACUGCCAAGGGGCCUAAAAUAAUUCUGCCGAUGCUACUCUCUGGACUUGGUUCCUUAGGUAGGACCAGAGCCACAGUGACACAGGGCCCCAAAUUUUCAUUCUACAGAAAAACCGCAGAGACACAAGCAGGAGCAAGGUCACCCUCCCCCUGUGUAAAGUUAAUCCAUCAGGGUGACCAAGGCCAACUCAGUCCCAGGCCUGAACCCAGAUUAUUCCAGACUCAAUAAUCUGUGUCAUCCAGGAAUGCUCACAGCUAGCUCACCGCAACCCUCUCCACCACCUACUCCUUCAAAAAAGGUGUAUUUGUAACUGGUCUUUCCAGUUCAAAGGGUCCAGGGCUGAUUUUUUUUAAGGAGCUGCUGCACCACCGCUUGUUUCAAGGCAGUAAGGACUGUCCCCUCAUGCAGUGAAGCAUUAACCACAUUCUAGAUCCAACCAGCCAGCCCCCCUCUUGAUAGAUUUAAUAAGCCAAAAGGGACAGGGAUCAAGAGGGCACAGGGUCAGACAUAUUGCCGCUAGUACCAAUCAACUGCCUGCAUUAGCUGAUACUGAUCUCACAACCUAUCUGGCAUUGGGUACUUCAUCAGGAAGUGCAACACUUGCACAGUCAAGAUUUCUCUGAAGUCAAGUGGCUUUAUCCUCAAAGUGCAUAGCUAGUCAGACUCAGCAAGGGUCCUUGAGUGCUCCAGAGGUCCCUCCCCCACCACGGGAGUUAGUAACUGCAAGACCUUCCAAAAUAACUGCCAGCUGGGUGUUAGAGGAUAAGGAGUUUUUGUGAGGUGAUACUUCAGUUAAUUCUGAACUAUUUCUGAAAGCAUAUGGUCACUUGAACGACAUAUUUCAACUCUGAUGGAAACAGAGCCCAACACAUAUUUAUUUGAUGUUUUUCUAACCUAACUCCAAGAUAUCAGGGGUUGAACCUAGACUUUCUACAUGCAUAGAAGGUCCUCUGCCAACAAUUGUGCUCUGUGACCUUUCCUCUUCCUCUAAGUGCAAUAUUACCCAGCCCCCACAGAUUACUCCUGGUUGCACUAAACACAUACAUCUAUUUCUGGGAGGGAAAGUAUCAGCCAUGCAAGCUGAUGGUCUUGUUGCUUGGUGGUCUACAGCUUCAUUUAUUUAUUUUUUGACAUACUUUGAAUUUAGAUCUGUCCACCCACCCUUUUCAUUCUAAGAAGAGUCUCUCACCCAACAUCCUUCUCCAGUUAAAAUAUAAGUCAAAGCGUUCUGUUUCUGUGCUUUGUAGAAACUCCGAUCUCAAGCUCGGGCGCUGAUCACCUUUGCCGGCAUGAUCCCCUACCGAACCUCAGGAGACACCAACGCACGGCUGGUGCAGAUGGAGGUCCUCAUGAACUAGGCGCCUUGGGAAGCCUGCCAGAUGCUGUUGGUACCCUCAGUGGGCGGCCCAGUUUAAGUUGGGGUUUUUUCCUUUUUGUAUUAUGUACUUUUGUCAACCACAAUAAAUUUUUUUGGUUUAUAUUUGUUUUGACA